CGCUUCGAAAUUAUCAUCGUUCUUAAGUGUGAACAAAAGCCCGAUCUGACGUGGUUUUCGUGCCGGCUAUCUGGCAUAGUGUUAGACGUACCAUACCAUUUUAACCUGUGGACCUGUGUUAACCUACCGCAUUGGUAGAACUUUUGCAAAAUAUUGUUUAUUUCUUAGGAUUCUACUAAAAGAAAUUUGGAUUUUAUUUUGGGAAUUUUCUCUUUGUUACUGUCAAGAGUGGAGUGUUUAAUGGUACGAUCUUAUCAGGAAAAGUGACCUGAAGCCCACCUGGUCAGGAACUGGGGAUUCCUUAUCAUCCCGUUUGGCUUAGAACUGAGAAAAUUCGAUAAGUCGGCUUGCGAAAAAAAUUAGCUUCAUGUCGCCAUGACGUGUUGGAUCUGUCAGAUUAGUUUUUUUUUUUACAAUGCCAGUUCAGUUACUUUUCUAGUCAGUUUACAGUAGGUAAAAACUAAAUCUUUAAUUGCAAUCAUUCAAAGAGCCUCUUUCGUAUACCACAUAGUAGGUUGAUCUGAACGCGAUCAUAUCUAAACUUACUUAGAUAUCCUGACAUCCAGUAAUGGAGAGUGGACCCUUGUGGUCUUCCCCCCCCCCCUUCCCCGAUGACACCUGGUUGUAUAUGUAGGGACGACUUUAGCUUGCGGCACGGUUUGUGCUUGAUUGCAAACUUUACUUUUUAUUUUAGACGCUAUGGGGAAGCCUCAUAUAAUUAAUGUUCGUAAUUCUUUUGUAUCUGUGCGACAUAACCGUAACGAACCGACCUUAGUAAAAUUAUGACAAUGUAAACGACCCUUUUUGUUUGGUCUCUCUAUUUGACCUUCACCUCUCUGAGGUAAAAGCAAUGAAACAAUAGUUCCUCCCAGUGCGGGAUGUGCAGCCCACGGUGAAACACGAAAGUUCCGGCGCUGAGGCAUUCAUCCAAUCCCGUAACCCUCCAGAUGGUGGAAUGUCUGUUGUAUGAGCACUUGUCCCACCAAACACGCUGAUUGAGUACAGGCCAACCACGCCCCACGACACUCCAGUGAAGGCACACAAUGGCCUUAGUGGAUGGCGGUCCAUUACCGAGACCCAACACGUGACCAAGGCAGAAGAAACCCGGCGGUGGCACUGGUCGCCAUAUUACUGCCUCCGUAUCGUUGUAUUUUGCUUUUAAUCGCCAUAGCUCUUGGUACGUCACAGGGUGUCUGAGUAAGCCUUUCCCGUCAGUUUCCUUGACUACCAAUACGUUCGCGUUUUCUGUCGUCCGGCCAUCUUGUUUUGCGUAGUGACCUAGAGUGGAAUAACCGACGGGGGCUUGAGGGCGAUACACUCGGAGGCGCUUGGAAUCAGUGCAUUCUUGACCCUGGUAGAUAAGGUCUAGGCUAUUCCUUGUCAGCUUUUUAAAUGUCAAGGAGGCGUUGAGAGGAGGCGGAAUCACGUCAAGAGACAGUGACCAGAACUGGUUGAGUCGAGGUGCUGUUCUGGAGUCGCUACUCAGGAAUAAUCCAAUGUUCAAGUAGUGAUAGCUGGCGGCUAAAGUCCAGAUGCUUGCCGUACGGGACUCUUCAACCCACAAGCGCUUCCCCGGAAUGCCUGGCGAUGCUACAGAUUUGUGUACCACACACACGUGACUUUCCGAAGGUGGCUGAUAGUUGGUCGUUGCCACAUGACCUAAAGCAACGUACUCCCGGCUUGGAACUUUGGGUUCCCAGAAGGCAAGUACGUCACCGUCUCCCGAAGCGGAGCUUUCACUGCCAUGAGACCCCUCAAAACAGGACGACUCAUCGUCGUUAUCACCUGUGAAGCCACGUCCGCUACCGGGACCUUCACUGCUCCAUACUUGGGUAAAUCCUUUUGCUGGUACAACUAAGUUCGAGUCACUUUGCAUUAGAACACAAAUCAUGACUCCAUGAUUCGGUUUGUUGAUGUCUCCCUCCUGGGAGUAAUCUCCGAGAAUGCAGAAUCCGGGGGGACAUUGUGGUCUAUAGAUUGUUAGACCUGGGCCACCAGUGUCCGUAUAUAUUUUAGAAACAACAGAGACGAUCAUCAAGGCAAUUCCUGCCCCAGCCAUGAUUUCUAAAAGAAAGGCAAAGGGAAAAUUUUAGUUUGUUAUCGCACAAUUACGUUAGUUUUCAUCUUUCAUUAUGGUAGCAAUUGAUGGACACUUUUUCAAAGUUCUUUCCCUUUUUGAGAGUUCGAACGACAACAACGGCUAAGCGCUUGAUAAGUUGUAAGACUUCACGUUCUAGUGGUUAAUGUCAGACGUUCAGGUAAGUAAAAAGCCAGAAGUUAAACUCGACACGCAGUUACAAUCGAACUUGUCUCAAGAAGCUGUCGUCGGCGAGAACGCCCUCGAAACAUAAAAAUAACUCACCAUAGGAGACUCAACGUUCUUUACUUCCGAAACUAGAGACCUUUAGAUUCUAGGACGAGUACGACUACGAGUACGAGAUUUUCUCAAUACUAAGUAGUGCGCGCGCGCGAAACAGCGGAAUUUGGGCGGGAAAACGUGAUAGCCGUCGUCAUUCUACUACGAGUUUUCGCGCGAAUGUCGUGUUGGCGAAAGUUAGAAGUUUUAUCAUUUUGCCGGAUCGGGAGAGCGCGUAACCUCCACUAAAGAUAACAAUGCUAACUUUUCUAGUGAAAAAUGGUAAAAUGAAGCUUUCCGGGAAGUCUAUAUUUUGAGGAGACGCGAAAAAGUCAAAUCUCGUACUCGUAGUCGUGCUCGUCUUCGAAUCUAAAGGUCUCUACUAACGGACAGCUGAGCGCUAGAUUUUAGAGCUACGUUGUCUUUGUCCCUCUUUACAUUUGUUUUUGGAGAGAACCACCUUUUAAGAAAGAUGGUGGCUACUUUAAGAACUUGAAAGCGUAGGCUUUGAACUUUUACAUGGUGGUAUUUAUUUCCAUCGUUUUCAUCCUUGGUCAAGACUUCCCUAUGUCAGAAUAAUUCCUUAAAAGAAAAUUUUGCCACUAAUUUUAACUUGCUAGCAAUCAUUAAGUGUCCUUAGGGUUUUCUAAUUGGUGUUGUAACUUGAUGAUGAUAGAACGCGUCGUGGCGAAGAGGAGAAACAAGAUCUUUGCAUUGUCGACGUGUAUGAUAGGUACCUAUCCUCCUGAGCAAGUAAUUUUGGUAAUUAUCUAGGAGGCUUUUUGUGGCGGAAGUUAAGGACAAUUAUUUUCGUUAUUCAGAGCUUACUGAGCAAGCAUUACUGAGCGAAAGAAACUUUUCAACAUACGUGUCUGUUUCAGGGCUAUCCAUGCAUAAUAGAGACCUUCCGAAACUACGACGGCGACGGCAACGGGAAGGUCUAAAACUCAAUAGUUUUUUUUGUGAGCAAAACAACAACUUUACACCUGCAUCACGCUUUCAUUGUACAUUAGUUUUCCGUCCUUACACAACUACGACUUGAAAUGGCCAAAUUUUGCGUUGCCUUGAGAACUGGAACGGCAAGGCGAUAAAUUUUACUAUCUCUCUCUGAACUGGAACGCUAUCCCCUCUCUUCGUUUCCACCUAACUUCCCUUCUUUUAAGUAACUAGGUGACUUGGCAUAAGGGCGGUAAAGUUUCAAGGGACGCAAAGUCUAUUUCUUCAGCGACGUUUUCAUUGGCGUCGCUGUUGUCGGAUCGUAAGGUCCCUAAUAUCGACCGCACCACUCAUGGACCUGCUUAGAUGUACACAGUAGGGAACACAGUUUUAUUAUUCCAAGGAACCAACAUGGCGAUAUGGAUAAGACAUAGACAUAUCAAACACACUUAUUUUUUUGUAGGUACUCAGUUGAUGUCAUAAUAGACUGCUUGUAGUUCCCUUUUUAAAAUCCGCCUAGUUCUCAUCCCAGCCAGCGCGAUUACCAACGCCUUCGUUUGUCGCGGCUCGCGUGUAUGGGCCGGGUUGCGCGUGAAGUAACUUUGAAAAAAAAAAAGAAGAGACUGCUCGGAGUCUAAUAUCAGGAAUGUCGGUACAUCAUUGUCUCUCUUACCUACCAAUGCCGGUUGCGCCUUCGGUUCACAGAAACUUGAGAUCUCAAUUCUCAACUGCGCCAGUUGAUGUAGAUCACCGCGUCUCCAAAGACAUAAGACGCAAGGAAUAGCGACAAGCCCUUUUAUAUAUCAUCUAGACAGUCCAUGGAUAUAAAUAAAAGCAGACUGGCACGCGAUCUAUUUUUGGUAUCAUAGCUAACAGAAAAGGCCUUUUUUGUGAAAAUGAAGUCUCUCGACGUGUAUGCUAUAUUGGCUUGAAAGCUGGGCGUUGACGGAUAUCAUGUAAAGACCACACAAGCCCAGUUGCGCUAAAAUUGGAGUUGCAAAAUCUAAUAAAAAAAGUUCAGAAACCUAAUUUUUCACAUAUGCUUUUUCGGCUCUAAUUCCUUACUGGGGAAAAGUAUGAGUUAUAAAUAGGCAAUUACAAAAAAAGAGAUAUCAUACAUAGCAUUUUAUUUCGCCCUAAGGGUACUUGCCCGCAAAAGUCAGAGCUGGCUAGCCGGACUGGUCAAUUAAAAAAUGUGAUAGUCUUUUUUUUUCGAGAGUUUUCGCUAAGAAACCAUUCGAUCAAAAGUGAAAUUCUUCUAACGACUGGAAUUUGAAAAAAAAAGUUAUCUACAGUAACACCACGUGAUCUGAAUUGGGAAAUCAAAACAUACAAGUUGAAAAGGUAUUAUUUUUCUAGCUUUCCUAGAUUUUCACCUUUUUUAUUUAAUAGAAUGGUUUUGGCUUGGUUCGCUGAAAAAAAAAACAUGAUCAUGACAACACAUUGGGCUCGCUUACGAGUGGUACUGUUCAUCGCGUGCCACUUCACCUUACUGAAAUGAAGUCCUUACUGAAAACGUAUCUUUUAAAUUAGCUUUUAAUUUUUAAAUUAAUUUCUCAAGGUUUUCAGAAUUUAGUUGUAAUGCGCCUUUGAUCAUUUUAUGCGGAAAGGCACAAUGUAAGUCCUUAUUUAUUAUUUCGCUAAGUUUUUGUUAGUAAACCGUGCAAAGAAACGGCAAAUGCCCGCCUGGAGUUUUUGAGAACGUAACAACUUACAAAUUUGUACUAUCACCCUGCUAAGUUGUCUGCCAUGCAUGCCUCUCAGUCUCUUUGAAGUUAUAGCUCAAAAGUAAAGUUCAAGUAAGAUAUAAUUUAAGUGUAGUUGACCCCUCUGAACCUUUCACUACUAAGAGUGGGCAAAAAAGAAAAAAAAGAAAUUACAGACACAUAUAUCAUCAAAUGUUUUUAAGCAAAAUCAUAAGAAAUAAACAGUAUCUUGUGCAAGUUUUUCUCAAGAGGUGUAAUUUGGAUGGUAUCAUCCGGGGAUUUCAUUCACAGACUAAAAGGUAGAACUACACACUAAACAAAUAGUGCUAAGUGAAAAUACUGCCGAAGAGGUUUCAUUUGAAUAGUAACACCAUUGGAUUUUAUCCACAUACUUAAAAGUUAGAACUACAUACUAAAUAAAUAGUACCAUGUGAAAGUACUGCUGGAGAGGUUUCAUUUGAAUGGUAACACCAUAGGAUUUCAUCUUCAGACUCAAAAGUUAGAACUACAUACUAAAUAAAUACAGUAGUACCAUGGAAAGUACUGCUGAAGAGGUUUCAUUUGAAUGGUAACACCGUAGGAUUUGGUCCACAGAUUUAAAACUUUGAUUGCUGUGAGAAACAAUCUUGCCCUAAUGUGGUCUGGUAGUGAAAGGGUGAAGUGAUCAAAGCAGACUUGCAAGUGACAUCGCAUAAAACAAAAGUGCGGGUUUAUCUUUGAAAGGAGACGAAGAGUUGAAAGAUUUCCCGUUUUAAAGAUUCUCGAUUUUAAGGAUUCUCUCGAUGUUAAAGAUUCCUACUUGAAAAUAUUUCCCCGUUCUCAAUGGUCUAGUCCCAUUCCCCGAUUCCCCGUUUCUCAUUUUUAAGAUAAACUAGCCAGGAUCCUGGUGGUUCAGCAGAUCAGAGUUUUUCAACUAAAGAAGCGACACUGGCCGCUGACUCUACAGCUCGGAGAAUUUUAGUAUAUUCAGCCAAUAUUUCGUCAAGCAGACGCUUGCUUUCUUUGCAAAACGUUAUGGCUGAAUUCUGCAUUUUGUUGUUCCUUCAGGUUCUGAACAAAUAUGCGAAAGAAACCCUUCGAAACAGCAACGGAAAUCAGUGUAAAACACUCAGGAUUUCGACACGAGAUAAAAUCAAUAAUUAGUGGCCACUAGUGCUGUAAGUGGAAUUAUCUUCUGAGUUUUUUUUGUACCCCAUGGCUGGCAAAAUUUUGGUUUCCUCGCAGUGUGAUUAAUCUGUUAUCUAAACAAAACAUUUCUUGUUUGGAGUUCUUGAAACUUCUACUGUUUUGAUAACGCUAAAACAAUCCCGACCGAUGUAAUUUCGUGUAAAAUCCAACUGUAACCCCAAUCCUAACCGGAAAUAUGUAGCCUCUAGAAAACUCUUAGCGUCCGAGAAAAUUGCAGCACAAACGAAGGGCAAGGAAAGACUUGGAGAACGAGUUAGUUCUUAAAAUAAUUCAUAACAAGAGCCCUUUGUUAAGAAACAAUGAUUCUUAUACAUAGCGUUAUCCUUGGUUUAAAUAUAUCUCCAUUGUUUUAAACUUAUUAUCAUACCUUACCUUACCCGAGAACAAUAUGAUGAUAAAAUUUAAACCAAGGAUAUAUCUGAACCACGAUAGUGUAUUGGUUUCUGAGGCCAUCUUGAAGGAGUUUUUUUUUUUCUGGAGGUUUCUGUUACAGUUAAAAAAAAAGAUCGCGUUGAAUUGAUCUUAAUGCGCAAUUAGGAUAGAGAGAGAGAGAGAGAUUGUUACAUGGCGCAAAGCAGGGUCAAGACUUCAGCGGUUUGGAGCUUGACUCCUUUUGACUCUAAAGAUUGCAUUUCAUGUUGCUUUCGAUUGAUCGUGAUGCGGAAUAAGAAUGUGAAGACAGAUGUGUUACAUGUGGUAAAUUCCUUAGCGAGCUAUUUUAUAAAUCUAUUUCUUUUGCCAGAAUAUGCCUGUAUGAAACCGCCUAGUUUUUAUUUAGUCACAGAAUUUUCAUAUUGCCCGAAACCACUAUUGGAGUCCAAAAAUUUUACAUCAGAACAAACCGCAUCUGUUAUCAUGACGGUCACUAGUCAAAUGGCGCUACUUAUACAGGCAUAACGUAACAACAUACAUUGAUUCCAAAGUUUAAGUCUACGUGGAUCUUAAAAUGUGCUGGACUUCUGUAAAGCAGUUCUUUCUCAUCGUGUCGAUAACUCAACGGAGGAAAUGAUGGUUUUCACUUUAAAUUGGCUGAACAGUUUCUACAUGUCUUCUCUGCGACACUUGCCAGGUUAUUUCAACCUUUUAAUUUCUUGACUAUUCAAAUCAAAGCUAUCUAGCAGUUCUUUUAGUGCUACUAUUGGAAAUUUUGUGAACGUUUUUUUUUUAUGACUUUUAAGUCUUUCGACGGAUCUUGCUCUGUAGCUGACCUAUCUUUUUACAGUAAAGCCACUGAUGAUAAUUUCUUUGGUGAUGGAAAAUGCCAUUUUCCUUUUCCUUCUAAAUUUCCGGUCUGUAGAAGAUUGCUUUCCUCAGAGGUACUUCGUCUCCGUGGUUUUGGGACUCUUGUCUUUAUAGUAUGACUCUUAGGGCGCUCUUGAGUCAUAGCGACAUAACCCGGCUUGAUUUUUGCGCUCUUAGCAAGUUAGUUAUUUAAACAAACGUCCUUCGUCACUCCUUUAAUCAUUGCUUGGAUAAAACAUUUGGUUUUCGUAUAUUCGAAAGAAAGUUUAACCGAAGAUAAUAUCGCUGUCUUAUUUGUACACCUGAAAUGAGUGAUUUGCAAAGAACAUGUCCCUUCGGAGACGCUUUUGUGAAGGAAUUUUGAUUGUACUCCAUUUUUAUCUAGGGUUUAAAUGCUUUAGUCUAGAACUGUUCCUUUAAGGGAAAGAUUACAAAAGUACUAAGAUAUCACAUAUAGUCUCCGGUCUAAUUGAGUGUUUUUAUUCCUUGAAAUGUAGUUACGGCGUUGUCAUCUUCGCCUCUUCUAGCGAAGUUAUAAACGACAGUAAAUAAACGUGAUUUCGCUGUUACCAGACAGGCUUUUGACCGACUCUUUUCCCUCUAAAUAUUAUCGCAAUUUCGUAAUUAUUCGCAGCCGUUGAAAUUUCUCUCACAUUCUUAACUGCGUUAAAAAAAUUGUCUUCAUUUAUCGUGCCGAUCAAUUUAUCGCUGAUAGCUUAAUUGAGUAUCAAAGGAUCAGCGUUUGUUCCGUCGCUUACAAGAAGUGAAAAAGAUACGUACCAAGUGUGACCUGAAAUACCUCGGUUUUCGUCUGCUCUUUCUUGACUUAAAGCAGUCCCCUUUAAAAUAUACCUUUCUAAGUAUGUAAAACCAGCGUUUUAGUUCCUAUGAUUACCAUGCUUAUCCUCUAAAGUACUAACCCACCAAAUCAAAUCUUCUUUCACGACUGAAUAGCCUUUCGUCAAUUAAAACAAAUCAAGCUGAUCUAAAAAAACUUGGGCAUGCGAGCAUUUAGUUUAACUCUAUCCCGCGACAGCGUGGAAUUUUGUUUUGAAGGUGUUUCGACAAAUCUGUACAAAGUAGAGAAAUCAUAUGCUCAAACUGCAACCUACCGAAGCUCGAGUUUCCUUCCACUCUUUCGCGCCUCCGUCGUAAACCUUUUCCUCGAGGCUUCCAAAAGACUUUACAAUCCAGGCUUCAGUUGCUAUGUAUAUAUCUGAUUAGGGGCGGAAACCUGCCUCGGUCAAAUAACUCACUCAAGAUAACCUCUAAGACCUAUUGCUUAGCAAUCGGAUGCGACUGACACAACAACCUCGAUUUUUUUUGCAGUUUAAGGAAUCUCUGUAACGCGCCAGCAAGGCGUGAUGAUAAAAUUAAGUCUAGUACUUCUGUCCACUUGCUCUUGUUGAUGGUUUUGGCACUUGUUGUGCCACGGUGUCUCCUAGAUGAAGGCGGAGAGGGGAAACCGCUAAAUCGGUUAAUCCGUGGAUAAAAGCUGUUUAACUUCCUUUUCCUUGUAACAAAGUAACUGAAUCGAUGGAGUUUUUGUUUUUCAUAAUUCAACACUGAUGCCAAUAUCGCCCUGCGCGUAUACGGAUUCGUUUAGAACUACCUUGAGAAGCUUAUAUUUGUCAGAUAAUGAAUUUGUUAUUAACAAUUAUAUUUUGUUGAAACACACACCAACACACCGGAAAAUCUGAUCAGCAAAAUACUUCGAACGGGUACACAGACUUUUUUUAGACUCGCUUUGCAUGAUAUUGUGUUUUCAUUAAGAUGAAAUUAGUUCAGCUAUGUGUCUUGGUAAAUAAAUAGUCUGUUUUGACUGUUGCUUCAUUAAUAACAAGAUAAAUCCAGUUACUACUUAAAAAUAAUAUUUCUGUUGGGUGGAAAAAGUGGACAGUGGAAUGUAUGGGUAUUACCCUGUAUUAUGUUAGCGAAAUCUGGUGGUAAAUUGAUAGGGGACGGGAUGUGGAACCUUUGGUACGCUUUCCACCACAUUAAUGUUCUUUUGGUACCAACAGCAUAGGUGGUAGUUUUUCUUCGUUUCUCUUUGAUGUAAAAAGAUAACAUAUCCUUAUGUCUUCUGUGUGGAAUGGCCCUGAUGUUUUUUAAAACUUGCUAUGUGUAAUUAAAGGUAAGGGACCAAACCUGUAGGCGGAACCUCAAAAACACGUUCCGUUGAGUAUUCCCGGGGCUUCUUUCUUAUGGGGGCCCCGUUUUUUUCUUUGAAAUGUUGCUACGUUUGUAAAAACGAAAGGGGACGAAUCUCUGGUGGGAGCCCCACGAACCUUUCCGUUGGGUAUUCCCUGGGCUUCUUGCUUUACAUUCAUUUGUCCCUUUCAGCAAUUUUUAAUUUCACAACAAAGUUUGAUAUCCCCUGAUUUCCUCCCCACAGAAAAAAAAACACCCCUGCGAAUUGCAGUUGAUGUCAAUCAGACAGUUUUUUUUAACCGAGUUUCUUUAUCUGCAAAAGAUAUUUCAUCUUUAUCCUAUUCAUUUUGCUCAUGAAACAAAUUUAUGGAAUAGUAAUGACAGCUAGAGAAUUCUUGUCUCUGCGUGAAAUUCUCGAGUCUACAAAACAUGUCUCCAAGCUAUGGUUGUUAAAGACUGCUGCUUUUUAUUAAUUUGAAAACCAAUACUUUAAAACAAAACCUUUGGUCUUCAAUUUUUUAUUUUAAUUGACUGCUCGAAUUGAACCUAUUCAGUGACUAAUUGGACGAUUCAGCUAUGACUUGACGAAAGGCUGUUUAGUAAUCAAACCAGGCAACGUCAUAUAUCCAGCAUAGUUUCGUUUAUGUGCUCCACCGGGGUCUCUGAUCUACUGAGUUCGGUUUUACAGUUACUGAUGUUUUCAGAGUAAUAUCGCAGAGCACAUGCCUUAUGAAAGCGUUCGUUGAUGUGUUCGCUUCGAACUGGAAAACCGUAACUAGUCUAAUUCUUUGCGUCUUUGGAAGCCAUUUUAGAGCAUUCGAGUUUAGUGCAACAUUCUGGAGUUUCAAAUCAUGACUUCGUCACUACUCAAAAGAAAAAGUUGAUUAAAGCAAGCGUUUGUUGAUAUAAAUUUGAUCACUUCAAAUCUGGCUGGAUAGGAUAUUUAUUGAUGUUUACAGUGAAAAUAGGGGUUUCUUAAAAAGUUCGACCGUGUUUCACUUGUAACAAGUAGCACAGCCGUUAAUGCUAUCAGAAGAGUACCCUCAUAUAUGUGCAAUCCAUCAUUGAAUCAAUUUGUUUUAUCACAAGGUCUCUUGAUUUCACUUAACUCAGUGGCAAUGUACAUUUAAUAGAUUUUCCGGCUCACGGCUGUUUAGAUACCCUGCAAGCAGAGGUUUCUACGCUCACUGUCAGGCUACGCGAACGACUUCACACACAAGUGUUAAAGGCCACUGGGGCACCCAACGAGAAUAUAGUUCAAAACCACUUAAACAUAGCGUUGUUAAACGUAUUUUAGUAUUUAAACGGUAGAUAUAGGCAUAUUUUUAUUCUCCCAAAAUUUUUCAUCUGUUUGGAUAUCCUAGCUGAAAGUCUAGUGAUCCGAAAAUUAAGGGAUCAAAACUUACCUUUUCCAAAAUUUCAGCCAGAAAAAAGGCUCCCGAAAAUUCUAGGUGGCCUUUUAAGGGUAAAAAUCCGUUAAAAAUGGGCAAUUAUACCAUUUUUUAGAUGUUCCAAAAUCCUAGGAGAGGCAUGCAAGCAAGAAAUUUUACUGACAAAUGCUUCGAAAAUUCUAGAUCUCGAUUCGUCUUCCGAACAGAUAUUUUCCGAAAAUUGACGUUGGGUGCCCCCGAGGACAUACCAUACAAAAACCUCUGCUCACAGGCUACUGUAUAGAAUGCAGUAAAACGCAUGUUAAUCAAACUACCCGCGAAGCGAAAUGUAAAGCAGUUAAUGUUAGCUGGUUAUCUUGGGUGUUUUCUUAUAUGAAGAAGUUAAGCAUGGGAUGCUGUCCUUGUCUCUAACAUAAUUUAUUAAUCCGUGUACAUAUUCUUUACUAGUUCUCUCUGUUUUGGAGUUUUCAAAGAAAGAAAAAAAAAUAUUGCUACGUUUAAGACCCUUGAAGGAAGUUAUAGUGAUAAUUCAUCACGCUGAUUUUAUAAGUUGCUACUUUCCCUGCCAAGGAUCCUUUUGUAUAAAUUCAUGCCAUUAAGUUAAAACAAGUGUACAAUCUGUUUGAUAUCAAUGUAAAAUUAUGAAUACACAUUUUCAAAUAGAAGGUGUGGCCCCGAUUCUAAAUGGCCUGUUUUCCUUAAUUGGCGGCUUUCGAGAAAAUUAUUUCCUUGUAAUAAGUUCUUUUUUUGCCAGAUCACAAAAUAUGCCUUGCGAAAUGUUUCUCUUCUAUUUUCACUACAGUGUAGAUCAGCUGCCCGCCAAAGUAGGUCAAUAUUAAUAGCGUGCUAUAAGUUAAAGAUUGCGUGUAAUUUUUCAAGUUCGACUUAACAUAUUGGACAUGAUGCAUGAAAAGUUCCUUGCCAAUAUUUUGUCGGAGAGUGUUGGAUUUCCGGUGGUCUGGUCAAAUGAUCAUUGAUUUCCUUCUCAUUUACAACGAGAUAAUUUGUAACGCCCAAAAACUGUUUGGGGUUCCGUCAGUUUUAUAAAACUCGGUGCCUUUCCACUUUCCACUUUACAAAGGAAGGAAGCAGCACUUUUUUACGAGAUGAAAAUAAGUACAAAGGGAUUUUGGCUGUCUAAGGAAAUAUUUUUGCCGGAUAUCUGGUCAAGAAUCAAAGCAGUUGCUUAAAAAGUUAUCCAAUUUAAGGCGCCACCGUGUUAUUGGAGUUUUCCGUUCUGUCUCUAUAUCUUUUUAAUGUUAUCUGCGCACGCGACCGUUUGCGACAAAAGUUCUGCCUAAAUUUUAGAUAUUUUCCUCAACAAGAAAAGUUUAAAGGACAGCUUGUCGGUUGGAUUACUUCCUUUUCUUAAAAAUACUCAACGUGAGUUUCGUUUCUUCUCCUCUAAACAGCUACCUUCAUAAUUGGUGUUUUCAAGGGCGGGUAAAAGUUUGAGAACAAAACCAGAUGUUUGCUUUGUAGUGACGUUCUUCUUGGGGAAGCCGCAAGCGACGCAGGCAGCCUUGUGGAAGAUUAUGACUUUAAUUGAUUGGUUUUAGAAGAUAAUUUCGGUUAACCAAAACUCCAUCUCGUUAACUCAGACAUCUUCAGUGCCAGACACUUGAAGUAUUAAAUCGCUAUAUCAUCCUUCUUAACGACGGACAUCAUUAAUAAUUUAUGACGAGAUAACAAGUUGCACCAUACUUUGAUAGUCUGAAAUGUCAUCCGUCUCCAAUCUCGACGACUGACACAUCAGACUGCUAUAGUGAGUAAAUCUUGGAUUUGCGAUCGAAAUUCUACUGCAAUGAAAGUUAUGUGCACUUUUACUUUAAACCUAUCUUCAAAUUACCCUCGUCUUUUUCUCCGUGUUUGAAUGCCCAAUGAAACACUCUUCCUUGUGUUUGAGACCACAAGGAGACUUCAGUAUAAAGCCCCCGUCUCGUGUUAGAGGCCACAAACUGCUCUUAAAUAAUUUUUGUUAACGUUUUGUUUCUACUUUGUUCAGCUUUUAUGUCCGUUGAUAAAAAACCCUGAAGCUGAAACGUUCUUAUAAACGUUAUUGAGCACUGCAUUUCUCCACGGCUUGCUAUUAUCACACCUAUGAUCGGGUUUCUCGCUUCGAUCUACUCGCUGAAAUUUUUAAGUCGCAUCAGUAAGAGAACAUAAACCCGAAAAAUUUCCGUAAGUCUUCUUCGCUUACAAUUAUUUCUAUGAUGCGCGCGCAUACAGGGUUUUGUUGUGUUUUGGAGUCUUUCGACAAGUCUUAAAAUAAACAGUAUUAUUUGUUAAAUUUGUCUUUGGCGAAAGGUUUAGUAUUUACCGACGUGGUGAGCGGCUGUCACAAACCGGCGUCCGAACUUCUGCCCUUUUCUUUUAAUUAAACACGUCGAAGGAUAACAGUUUAAUAGUUGCUGCAUGUUCUGCGCAGACAGUGUAAUCCUGUUACCGUGUAAUUGGGUGCCGGCAUUUACAGCGUAUCGUAUCUUGCCUUAACCUGCUAAAAGCAGUCCAUGAGUGUCUUAGUAGCUUUUGGGUCAGAGGUUUAUAUAUACCGAACUAUGCCGUAGUACAGAACCUUUUGAUUUUGUAUGGCUGGGCAAAUUUCAGAUGGACAGCCUAGGUGUAGAAGAGGAAAAGGGCGACCCUAACCCUAAUCCUAAACGAAACAAAAAGACAGGAUGUCCUAUCUCGAUAUUGCCCUAUACACCAGACUUCGCUGGCAGUUUUGGGUGUUACUUUUAAUAGUCUAAUCGUGCCAUAAAUAUAACUUCCUACAAAUUGUUUGUCAUCUGUACGUUUAGCCGUAAUGGAUAAGGCAAUUAAUCGGGUCUUCCUCAAUUAGGUCGUAUUUUUAUGCUAGUAAGGGGUAUACUUCACGUAAAUAGUUGUACUGCAUUUUUUGGCUCUGGUGAGGCACAUUUGAGUUUUGAUGUCUUACAUUUUGUCUCGCGUUGUCGUGAAUCAAGGUGCAACUUGUUAAAAUCGCUGACCAACAUUUAGGUAACUUUUGCACAUUACAAUUUAUUUCUUAGGAUUUUAAAAAAAGAAAUUUUUGUUUAAUGUGAACUUUUAUGGCCUCUAUUAGGUAUAAAAAGUUUAUGCUAACGCUAAAAGGUUAACCUAAGGGUAGGAUGUCCGAUUAAAAUUUGUAUCGUCUUGCUCAUUGAUCCAGCACAUGAUUAGCUGUUAAUUAAGGGUUACUUAUGGAGUUAGGGAUUUCAAACCAAGACCGUAAUACCAGGACGCCUUCUUAAACAAUCGUAUGUGACCACAUUUGGCAUUUGUUUUUCCGAUCCAAACUUUUUGUGGACCUUAACUGGCGAAUUUCAGUGCAAUGAAAUGUCUAAUUCUUUGUUUGUAGCGAAUAGAUUAAUGAAAAAAAGUGGCUCUUAUUAUAAUCUGCCUUAACGAUAAGAUGUGUAUUGAGUGUAAUUACGUCCUUGCAAUCUUGUCAUUGGUAAUGGCUUGAAAGGUUUUACCGAUAAAGGGGCAGUGACUUUGGAUAAAGAUCAUCCAGAUUUACAUAUAAUGCAAAUCAUGUGGUGUUAACAGCCCCGGGCAGAAACAAUUUUUCGGCAUUGUAGCUUGCUGCGUGAGCCUUGUAUCUCCUUCUGGAUCAAGGAAGGCGAGGAAUUUGCUGGGUGUGAGGAGAUAGUAGAGAAACACUCUUUCUAGCGAAAACGUGAUGACUUUAUUUUAAGCUUACAUGUAUGCUUAAAAUGUGCAAUCAUAUCAAAACUGGUAUUGAGAAUUGUUGCAUAUGCGUUCUCAUCCCGUUAUCUAUCUUGCUUAAUUACAUUUCUGCAAGUGAACCGGACCUUACUGUAAACUGAUCAUUAGGAAUUACAACAAAAUUAGGAGCAAAUAGAAAGUAAGCUUAAACCAUAGUUAUUAGAGGAGACUGGUUAUGAAAAGCGGCAAACAUCAAUGAUAAAAACAACAGUGCUGCAGUUUAUGUUCAAAGCACCGUGAAAGUGCGCAAUCCUUUGUUUUCUGUUGGCAAAUUGUUACGGAAUAAAUUAAUGCAACGUUUUUAUUGGUCAAUACAAUCAAAGUGAUAGGAAUUCUUUUGAACGUUGUGCACUUUCAGGUCCACAAAAACAUAUAACAAAGGCGUCUGACGGGUUUCAUAACCAUUCCACUCAAUUAACUAUGCUUAAACUGUAGCUAAAUACCGCCAAACUAAUGGAGCCUGAACCCGAGGUGGUGAAUGAUUGAUGUGUUUCUUUUUUUGUAAGUGUGAACAAUUAGAUAAGCAAGGAUGAACCAUUGCACUAAUCAGUAAUAACCUCUGUUUUUUUUUUCGCACUCAACAUGUUUCUAAUUUGUAAUUUUGGAUGAAAUCCCAGGUAGCUGUAUACGUUUGUUGUUUUCCGAGGUCAAGAGAUAUAACGUAAAGAUAUAUCGACUGAGUUAGGUUUUUGGCGCGCCAUGCAAAAUGCGGCAAACUUGAAAGGCAUGAGCACGCAAUUUAUACACAGUGGAAGGUUAAGGAUUUUAGCAGUUGACAAACGUGAAAUAGUUAUCACCUAUUCCUCGCCGGUAAACAAGUAUAUGUGGAAAAACUGAUUUGAAUUGAUGACAAAUUUUAAUGUAAGAUAACUCUAAUAGUAAACGUUUGGUUCGAUUUUGAUAAAAAAUCCAUGGUUGCUGGUCCACAAAGACAACUUACUUGAUUUUCAUUUUUAUGAAAUCUCUAGCGGGUUUUUUAGGCACAAAGUUAUCAAGGCGAACUUCUUAGAAAUAAGACCUUUUCCUCCAUUUUCCGUCGAAGUUUUCCCUGGCAACACGAUUAGCGAUUUGUUCCAAUCCGCAGUUUAUGAGUUUAAAGGACAGCACGCCUAUUCCGGCCCUGUUUAAUCGCUUUCGCUUUGAAUGGUUACACUUUACGAUUCAACCACAGAGUCAAAGGUUAAGAACACUAUUAAAGACACAUCAGGGGCACCCAACGAGGAUAUAGUUCAAAACCAGUUAACAUAGCAUUGUUGAACGUAUUUUAGUAUUUAAAGGGUAGAUAUAGGCAUAUUUUUAUCCCCUAAAAACUUUUCAUCUGUUCGGAUUUCCUAGCUGAAAGUCUAUAGUGAUCCGAAAAUUAUAGGGAUAAAAACUUACCUUCUCGAAAAUUUUAGCCAGGAAAAGGCUCUCGAAAAUUCUAGGUGGCCUUUUUUAGGGUCAAAAUCCGUUAAAAAUGGGUAAUUAUAUCAUUUUGUAGAUGUUCGAAAAUCCUAGGAGAGGCAGGCAAGCAAGAAAUUUUACAACAAAUGCUCCGAAAAUUCUAGAUCUCAAAUCAUCUUCCGAACAGAUAUUUUCCCGCCGCUCAACAACAAGAUUUCAGGAGGUAGAACCAUCAGGCAAUUCUGGGGCGCUUUCCAUUUACUCAAAAUUUCCGGAAUUUUCGGUUCGGCCGUAAAUGGAACACGUUUCGUCGGUUCGUCCCACUGGAAAAUUCCCAGAAAAAGUGGAAAAUCUAAAAAGGUGGGCCCGUUUUCCCGGUUGGAAUUUCCGAACGGAAUCAGUCGUGUUCCAUUUACGUUUCUCGUAGUUUGUACCAGUUCCAGGUCCACGGUCGGGCACCGCGACGUGCCGGGGUUUACGACCAAAUGGACAAAUGGAACAACUUUUUACCAAUCGGUCACUUCUUCCAUUUCCGAACAAACCAAAUACAGAAAUGUGGAGAUAAGCGCAAGUCAGAGGUUAAUCUUUUAGCUUUAUAAUCUAAGAAUACCAUAGCUUUUCAGUGCAAAGGAUCUUUGAAAAGCAAUGCUCAAUAGCUUUUCAGAUUUAUUAGGAAACUUUUAGAGUUAGUUUAAAAAACCUCAUUUUUUAAAACACCUCAUUUUUUAAACGAAGUCCACAGAAACAUAAUCUUCUUUAAAUAAAUGUUUAGCUCGAUAUUUUAUAAUUUUAACGAUUUCACAUUGGAGUUUAUCACUGAUGCAAAUGAUUAAGGCACUGUAAACAUUUAAACCUUUAUUAAAAGGCCAGUUGCUCCUACUGAAAUGCCUAUUUGUCCGCUUAACCUUUAAGUCCCAAUGGUGACCAACAUCAAUUUUCUCCCAACAAUAUUCAUACUUUGUCGAGAGAUUAGGUUAUGAGAAUUUAUGAAAUGAUCACUAAAGAGAAAAUGCUUUGAUCUGCCAUCAAAUUCUCUCAACUAAAACUUAAAGGAAAUGUAUGGAGAUCAGUUUGGAGAAUUUGUAUGUGGAUAUUGGGGCUUAAAGGGUUAAUACAGUUUGUUCGUUGAACUCAUUGAGCUUAAGCUUCCUUGAGCUUAAGGAAUCCAGAGAAAAAAGCCUUAUACAUGGACAGUGUCCAUCAAAAUACAAAUUUACAUCAGAGCGAUUUGUACCACGAAAUUACAGACUAUUACAGGCGUCAUCAGACAGCUAACAGCCAAUCACCGAAAAGGAAACUCUGAAUAUUUAAGGAUAUGACCUCCACUGUUGGAGACGGAGACUGAGUUGAACUAUGUAUAGGAGCAACAACUUAUGUAUAGGAGGCCUGAUAUCAGUCAGCCGAGAAUAAACUGAAUCGUCAGCUCCCCAAUAAUGGCACAGAGAGGGAAACGCCCAGUCUAGCUGCUAAGGUUAUUUUUAGACCAAUUGAUCGCUUGAAAUUAAUCGGAAGUUGGUUCAUGAUAGGUUCGUAAACCUUUAUUCAGUGUUGUCAAGAGGUAAUAACGUGACAUUAUGCUCUCUCGGUGUGUCGCCUUGACAAUAUUCUGCAUGUUUGCUUUAAGGCAGUUGCGCGUGGAGUUGAUGACUGUCCUGUAACUUUUGCCUAAAAACCAACGCGAUCAUCUGUCAUCAACAGAAAAGGAGAGGAUCGACUAAUUUUGUGCCCUAUAGUUAACAAUACCACACGAAAGUACUUCUUUAACCUUCUUUUUACCAAAUGGUCACUGUUUAGGCUCCAAUCAAGCAACUCUUCGGCAAAGUACUUUGUUCCGGUUUGGGUGUUGUCCAUUGUGAAUUGAAUCUUUUGUUUUGUGUUGUUUGGUGAUAAGAAACUGCUCUCUUCUUAGUUGAGAGUGCCUUAAACAGCUCUUACUCUUUUUCUGUGUUUAGAGUAGCUAAAAGGUACUCUGUGUGUGCUAUUUGUGGCCGACAAACUGUUGUGUUUUAUUAUCCAUUAAAACUUUUAAUUUUUAAAUUCCCUUCGGUCGCCAAUUUUAUGUUUUGCGUCUGUUAUAUCCGAGUUUUUUCAGUGUAAUUCCUUCCGCCGAUUCUGUUUGUACAUAGUCUGUAAGAAGAGUUUUCGUCGGAGUUUUUUUCAGUUUAAUUCCUUCCGCUGAUUCUGUUUAUACUUAGUCUGUAAGAAGAGGUUUCGUCUCUGGACGAAAGCUUUAGUCCUUGAAUUUGCAAAACCACAACAGCCAGUCUCUGCAACUUCCCUGAGAGCUUAGAGCUGCUAAUACUUGACACCACCCCCACGCCCCCUCCCCCCUCUUUCAUGAAAUAGGUAUUGCACCGAGGUUACGGCCUCCGUAGACUGCACUGCGAAUACCGGCGCCUUUCGCUACACGCCGCUUGAAACAAUUCUAGAGGCGAAGAGUGCUUAUAAGUGGAUGUAUUCGCAGGCUUUUGCCAUCCUCUUUCUUGUUAAUCGAAAAUGUCAGCCUAAUAAUUAUUUGCCUCAAAAUACGUGUAACCUUUUUGGCUGGCUUUCUUUCUUACUUUUUCGUGCCUUAACCCUUUAUGGCCUAACGUAUGUCAUUAAAGAAGAUGUGUUUUGUCCCCCGCCUGUGACUUUACAGACGUAACAUUUCUCUAAUAUAAAACGUAGAUCUAAAUUUUUUGUCUAUGUUAUAUAAAAGAGGGCUCUGAAGGGUCCUGAAAUGGUUGCCCGAGAACGGAUUUUCCGCCCUUUUGGACUGCGGAAAUGGGAUUUUAUUCACUCAGACAGGGAAUGUUUUGAUACCGGGAGUAAGUUUAAAGGCAGACCUUACCUCAGACACUGAGAUCUAAGAGACUUAAAUGUAGACUGGUUAUAUGGGAUGUGAUUUUGAAUUGUUUUUGUGAUUUCGAUAGGUAACAGUUCGCGAAAUUUCUUGGACACCGCGAGAAACAGUGCUUUGAUUAAACUUAUUGUGAUUUUAAGGAGUCGUUCUAGAGGUGACAAUGACUUUUUGCUGGCUGGUUGAUGUCAAAAGUUGAAAAAAAGAAAAAAAAAAGCGUAGGAUUGUCUAUCUUGUUUUUCUCAAAUGGCUGAGUGCGUUGGCACUCUCUUUCAAUUUCAGUGUUGAACACGCUCAAGCGCCUUUUAUCUACGUUUUCUCUGUAAUGAUAAAAAUACAGCGGAACCUCUACUAACGACCACCUCUCUAUAACGGGCAAUCCAUACAUUUACCUUUUGAAGUUCUUUAAAACGGGCUCCUCUCCACAACGGCAACGGCCAGUAACUUGCGUCCCAUCUACCAAAAUAACCUCUCCGCAACGAUGUGCAAACUGAUGUAAAAACCGUGCCUUAAGUUUUGUUUUCUUAACACUUUUUGUCCGGCCUGUAGUCUCUAUUUUUCUUAAAAUAUUUUGAUUGUGCUACUUAGUAAUAGGCUUGUUAUAAUAAGCUCUUAAAAAUAAAUUAAGCAUCAAAUAAACAAAUAAAUAUGUUCAACCCUUUCCAAAAGGAUCAUCGUCACACUACACCUCCAAGUGACUUUCACUUACCUAGGCCCCAGUUGGCCAUUAUAGAAAACUUCGAAUGUAAUCAAUUUUUUACUUUUUAUGUUUUUGUAAGGGAAUAUAUAAAAAAAGGAGUGUUGCCAAACUGGUCAUUAUCCUUAUAUCCUCGGGGGUUGUAAUCCUUUUCGUGCCCUGUGGCAAAGAACGAUAGAUUGCUUUUCAAAAGUAACGGAUAGAGCUGAAAAUUCAGCUUUGCGCCCCCCCGGCAAUAUAACAAUGGAGGCGUCAAAGUUUGUGCUUUAUUGGUUACUGUUUGUACCGAAAGGCUCCGUUUUUAGGCAACUAGUUCACACCUCUUGUUUAUACCUUUGUUUCCAGUUCAACAAGACAGUUUGUCGCCGGAUCGCUUCGUGGAUGUAAUAAACAGUCUCAAGAAAUACACUGUUUCAUUUCUUUGGGACUUGAUAGCACUGGCCGCCUCUAUUUAUAACAAGGUAUGUUCACUUUUAUAGCCUUCUUCUUUCCUAAGUGUCUUCCUCAGCCCUGUUUGUUUCUUUGAUGUUUCGGACUGCAGUACACUUUUUUUUGCGUCACGCGCUCAAAGCAUGGUUUGAGUUUUGGAAGGUAAAAUUAUAGGGACUUGAUCUGAAAUGAAACAAAAAUCACUUCGACUUAGCUGGCCGUUCGAGUUACCGAGGGCAAAAUAACAGUAAAUAUAUGAAGGAGAUUCAAGGGAAAUCAAUUUUGGUUCAAGUUGGCGAGGGUUUAAGUUAUAGGGAAACAAUUGUAUUUCUCUACUGUCCUUGGGGGUCCCCACAGGCACAACUGUGUUUGGCUAGCUGUCUUCGCCUCUUGCUGCUCCUCUGUUUAGCCUUCAACUAACGUGUUUACAUUUGUAAUUGUGCUGUUUGCGUACUUACUUUUUCAACUUCGUCCCACAGGAAUCCCAACCAGAUCUCCACCGAGUGACUCCAUUCGCCUGUAACUGUGUUUGUGAACUUUGGAUUAUGUUCGUUCAUCUCAUGGAUCACUUGAGCACCAAAACCGAGGUAGAGGUAAGGGGAGGACAUACUGAAGUUCACGUUUAUUCAAAAAGAAAAAAAAAUUCAGUCACGCGGUGUCGGUUGUUGCUACAUGGAGAAGAAAGGGGGUCGAAUUAAACCGCGACCAUAUUAUAGAAUCGAAUUUCUUUGCGCUGAGUUUAAUAAAAUUAAACUAUUUAAGUCUGGCAAAAAUUGAGUCGCACGUUUGAUUGUUCGCAUCGCAUUACUGGACGGGAAUGCGACAUUCAUGUGGUUUUCUCGUCGACAAAUUAAUUGGAUAGCGCAAACUACCCUUUUUGCCGAUUGUCCUUCUGCGACGAUUUUCCGUUCUUCAAGGAUCGGCUACUGACGCUAAACUAAUGCGUUUUGUAGCAUUCCAAAGUGGUAGCUAGUUUCAUACAAGACUAUUAUUUUACCAUGCUGACGUCAUUUGAUUACAUCUUCCAAGUUCAAAUUCAUUUCGUUUUCCCUUUCUUUAAAUUUAGUCAGCCCAGCCAACGAGAUUUUAAAAAACCCGACUGGCAACAUAAAACCAGAAACGAGGGAUUUUGUUUUUGCUGAUCUAGCUAAUGGCGCCUCUAUUACAUAUCCAAAUACUUGAAACUACUUUUCUUAUUCUCUGUGUAGUCAUUUUGGUCAGCGGUGUCGUCAAUCAUGUCAGAGAUUCUUCAUCCAAAAGAACCAGAGGAUGAUAGUCAGGAGUCAAGUACACAGUCAUGGGCCCAGUCAUGCGGUAUGAACUUCACCAAGCUACUGACUGUCAUUAGCUGAGACAAGCCGCUUUGUUCUUUGCUGUUUUGUUAUUACAGUUUAUAUGCUUCCCUCCCAGCUUGCACCUUGUGUACCUCCCAAAAUUUUGCAUAACUAUUGUCUUCGAUUUCUCUUGGGACGACUGUAAUACCCCAGGAGAAAUUGAAACAAUGGGUUAUGCAAAAUCAAGGGGGGAUAAACAAGGUGCAUUAUGGUCUAUCUGAAAAUGGUGAAUUGUUGAGUGUAGAAUGGUGGAAAUGUUUCAACACUUUGUUUUAACACGCUAUGUGGCAGACAAAUUUUAUUCAUGCUUAUCCUGGCUAAUUUAAAGAAACAACAACAGCAACAAGGGUAAUUUUGCAGAUCACCUUUCUUUUAAUUCCAGCUCCUCCUGGUUUCACAGUAAGGGAACCUGGGGGUUUUUGUUGGUGGUUGUUGACGCAUUUAGCUCCGUUGUAUUGGUUUACAGACAAGGGUGUGUACUCACAGAGAAAGAAGGUAAGAUCCUCAUUUAUGGUGUCUGCUGACUUACUAAGGGCUCAUCAUCGUCUUUUUACUCACAAGCUGGUUUAAAAUAAAUGUAAAAAAAAAACAAAAAACUUCACUUUCGCUUUCUAUUAAAUCGUUUCCUUGCAGGCCGUUUUUCUACGAGAUAUUUGAAAGGAAGAGUAUGUCAACAAUGAAAAUAGCAAUAGAGUUGACCGAAACUUUAAAAUAAUGCUUUAAAUCUACACUUCAGAGCUGAGAACGCUUUAGCCAUUAGAUAAGCCUGUAUGCGUUGUUUUUAGAAAGGAAGAUUUUUAUCGCGAUUAAACGUUUACAAGGUUUGUGUGAAGAAAAGUCAGCCCAAUUUCUACUCUCAAUUUCCGCUUUGUUGUUCUUUUCAUAGGGUUGUGUUCCGGGAAACUGGGUUCUAGCACAGGACUUACUUAAAUCGUCUCUACAAAGUAGCAAGGUAAGCCCAUCAAAACUUGAAGGGAGCCUCCAUUGCUAAAAAAGACUGACGUCAACAUGUCAGUUGUUAUCUAGUGAAUCAGGGUGGCUUUCCAUUCAACCCAAAAUUCCGGAAAUUUCGGUUGGUACAUCAAAUGGAAAGGACCAUUUCGGUUUGGUCUGACCGAAUUAUUCGGGACAAGCUUUGAAGGUGGUCGUCUUUGACCGGUCGGUCGAUGGUACUGAAAUGUCCCUUUUUUGACAAAAUUGUCGUCGCCAGUACCCCUCUUUUGUAUCCUGCUUACAAGAACAAUAACCAAACGUGCGGUGGCUUCUUCUGCAAUAAUGGUCAUAACGAAAGACUUAAAAAAGAUACGUAUAACAUUAGUUAAUGCUCCUUUCCUUUUCUUCUACUUGCAGGAAAGUCAUGAAUCUCAACGUCGUGCCUGCCUUCGUUGUUGUAUUUCGCUUUCCUAUUACUGGUCUGCAAACUCUGAUCUUAUUCUCUGGCUGUGGGAUUAUUUUCACAAGAGAAUGGUGGGUAUCUUCAGCUGUUCUUCAAAGUACAGUCUCCGUCGGUUUUGGUUUACGACAAUGAAAUGAAAACCACUCCUGACUCACUUUCUGACACCAGUCUCUGCACCCUUGUACCCGAGCACUUUAUUUUCACUCCAGUCAUUGGCUCUAAUUGACCGUGCACACACUUUGCGCUCCGCGUGCGGAGGAAUUAGGAAGCGUCAGCAAAGACGGUUUUGAGCGACGCACGUCAACCGGAAGUGUAGCCUGCGUAGCAGGCGCUUGAAAGUAGUGGGCACAAGAAGAAACAGGCGCGCGAGAAGGAGACACGCGAGGGAAGAGGGAGCCCGUCGCGUAUCUCCCUCGCGCGCGCCCGUUCUCUCUUUCACCCGCUACUUCCAAGCGCCUGUUACGCAGGCUACCGGAAGUGAAGACUUUUCUCUUUUACCAUGCCUUGACAGUACCAAAUUUAUAUUGCUAAGUGUCUUUACUGUUUGCUCGAAAAUUUGGGCAAAAAUAUUGCCUCAGAAGUCUUUGCUUAAACCUCAUAAUGAUUAGCACUGUUCCCUUGAUGCAAUGUGACAUAUUUCUUUGGCCACGUCAAGUGAGUCACAAUCCAGUUUGCCUGGGUAUUCACUCUCCCUUGUGUUGUCAAUAAUGCUUAUGUCUAGCACGGUAGAAUUUCGUCUUGAAGGUGAGACAAUAUAAGAAGCCAUUUUUUAAAACUACCAACCACUUUUCAGACAUAAAGGAUGUACUUAAACACCCUUCUUCAACCGCACCUAAUUCAUCAGUUAUUUUUUGUGGCGUUUGAACUUAAGGUAUCAAGCUUAAUAAUUCCAGAUUAUGGAUUUGAACUAACAAAAACGAUUUACUUAAAUGUGUUUCGAAAUUGGAACGCUUUGUGUAAAAGUACACGUCUCUAUAAAUCAUGUUCCACUCCCGCCGGAAAUAAACGGAAGAAAACAAUUAACACCGCAUUCGCUUCUCAACACGUUCCACUAAAAAACCGUGUCUCAGAUUUUUGACAAGUGCGUUUGUUUUUCUUUUAUUAGCAACUGAAGUUGGGGAAGGCAAUUAGUCAACACUCCCUGUGGAAAAAAAGCUCUAGCUUUAAAAUGAAAAGGUGUAUUAAAAUUCGCAGACACGGUUUUGUAGAAGAGAUAUAUGGCAUCACUCUGGCCAAAUUUUAGCCAAAUUGAUUGAAAGGCUACCGACUUGGAGUUUAAAACGUACGAGUCGAUCGGCAAAAUUUGCGUUCGGAGAUAAAAUAGAAAAUACAUUUUUGGCGGCAUCCUACCUGGAGUGAGAUUAUAACACCUAAAUGUUUAUUCUGAUUGAUAUCAGAGAGGGAUCAAUUUUCUCUAACAAUAGGACUUUGACAGGUAACUUGUAACAGGAACAAACUUUUUAUUGCUAUCAACAUCUUCAAGUGAACAGUUUAAUUCUCCGUUGGAAAACUUCCACUCUUUUACACCACGAGAAGCACGGUUUAAUUCUUUCUCGAGCAAAAGUUUUGCCUCUCCUUCGAUCUUUUUUGUAUGAUUCGCCGAGGCGUUUUUGUUGACGGCGCCAGGCCAAGGAAACUAAAAAACUUUGAAGGCGCCGAAUGUCCACCACCGAUUGCUCGAAGGCCAAGAACUGAGGCCCGGUAUAUUUCAAAGGCUCUGCUCUUCUCGGAAGAAUUAAAAACAGAAUUUGUCUUGUGCGACGGACAGCUUUCAUUCUCGCACUGGAUUCUCCAGGUAGAACCAAGUCCAUGCUUAGUCGCUACAUUUUCCAUGACUUGGACUCUUACCUGGCAAAAUCGACAAGAUACAGACUCGUCCAGUUUCUCAAGCAGCUUUUUCGCUCGAUACGAUAGCUCGACCGCUUAUUGUUUUCCACGUUCCAUCAGCAGAUGGGGUCGAUGAGCCUAAUUGGCUUUCUUCAUCUGGCUCUUCAAGCUGGAUUUUGGAGCGGCUUGCACUCUCAGCAACUGCAGCAACUUCUCUUGCUGAUAAAAUGAGCCUUUGUUGCUCUCUGCCAAUUUUGCGUACCAUUCUUUGUCAAACUCGCUCUUCGAUUUCGGACACGAGCUUUUCUUUUUUUUUUUUUUGGCAGCAUUUUCACCGAAGCAAACGCUAAAUAUCCACGAAGAAUACUAAAGGCUAUAUUAAAACAACGCGAAGACAAUUCGCACGUGCUGUGUCGAAGCACGCACUCGGUAUCACGUUACUAGUUCACAGGCAAGUUAAUUGAUAUAUGACACGGGUAUGACAGAUCUUGUCAACGAUCAAUUAAGAUAGUUAACGAGAAAAAAUCUUUUACCCCCGAUAUCUUUCGACAGAAAUAAUAUUUUCUUCUGAUUUUUUUUUUAAGAGAAAGCUCUCAAGCAUACCUAUUUGAAAACGUUGAAAUCUCAAAUAUGGAAAAAUGGCAAUUUUAAGGGUGGCUGAUACCUUAAGCUGAUUUUUUUUACCUGCAUUUCUCACGAACAGAAUGAUUCGUUUCUUAUCCCUGGUCAAACCCUCCACAGUUUUGCAGUUACCAGUGUGACCAGGUGUGUGUGUUUUUUUCAAUUCUACCAGUUGUGAAGCCUCGCUUAUUAUUAAGUAGGCGACAAUUUUCGCAGAAAGGAAGUAAAAAUCAUUACUAACCUGAAAUAGACUCAUUUGUAACUCAGGGUCAUGUGACCUAUCAGGGUCAUGUGACCUAGAAGGCGGAUCAUACUAGCGCCGUAUGUUUUCCUUAUUCAGUUUAUAUGCAAAGGGUUGCGCUUGUCCCCAGCGAUCAGGAUCUUUCUUGUACUAGGAUCUUCCUAGCCAAGAGGUAGCACGAUCCGAGCAUCAUGUAAACUGCCUUUUCCUCAACCUCGUCCCCAGGGAAAAGCCCUGGGGACGAGGUUGCCUUUCCCUUGUACUAUAGGGACAAACCAAAUCAAAAUGGUGGCAGGUCGUUUAGUGGGUAAUCACGGCAAUAAAGGCCGACCAUUUCGUUUGGCGUUACCACGAGCUGAUUAUUGUGAUAACUCUGAUAAAGGUAGAUAUUAGAGAGAUUAAGAGUCAUUUUUACGCCAAACGGCAAACGUGAAUUUGUAGCACGUGAACAAGUUUCCCUCUUAAUUUUCGUUUACUGUUUAUUACUUCUACUCAAAAAUAAAUAGUUUCGUGCCAGUUGUAUCCAUAAGAAUUGUUCUGGACAGUUUUUAUCUGCUUAUUUUCCAUUUUGAGAAAAACUCAACUUGAAUCUGAAGUUUGCUGUUUGUCGUAAACGUGACUCAUAAUCUCUCUAUUAAUGCCAGUAAAGAAGGCAGAGGGGUCCAAAUUGCAUUUUUGUUGUUGUCGCUUGUCAUCUUUCAUUCCUUCUCUACUUGAGCACCACACGGACCGCAUCGACUGCAUGUUAACUCAACGAAAAGUUGUUCCGCCUUCCGUGAUCUUCCUCCCUCCAUGUGAAUAGCCCUUCACUUGAAAUGGUUAAUCAGGUUACGUGACCAUAAGCUCCAAAGGACCUAUAUUUUAAGGGUCAUACAUACCUAUUCAGAGUCGUUUUAUGCAUAAAAAUAAUGAUUAGUUAUUAGAUGACAUGCACAUAAUACUUGAUUCUAUACACUGCAAUACUGCAAGUAUCAGUCUAACAAAUACAGGCAAACUUGCCUACUCAGAUGAUGUUCAUUCUCCGUUCUUCUCAAUGGACCCUUCCUGUUAUCAUGAUGGAGAACAGAAAACGUAGAAAAAAGUGCUAAAUGGGAAGAGAUGCCCUUGAUUUUAGUCGAAGAGCGAGGAACCAUUGGUCGAGUGUUCCGUUUCCUUGCAUGAAGAAAGAGCUAUCAGUUGUACAUAACACUCCUUUCUUUCUCCUUUGCAGCCUGUCGGCUCUACAGUGGAUGGAACGGUGCCAUAAACGAUCGGGUGAAACACAAGAGAGGUGAUUUCUCUAUUCCCUGCCUGUUUGGUAGCAACAUAUAUUCAGCAUUCCUUCAAAGCUGGAGACAAUUAUAAUUCAAAUCGUACCCGUGUCGCCAUGUGGUUGCUACGGGGUCACUAAUACAUGUAUUAAGAAAGGCCACUGUUUUUUAUAUGGCUAGUCAAAGAGUGUUUUUUUUCUCAUAGGAAAAAACGUCAAUGGCCGAAUUUAUACUAGAGACGAAUUAUCCGUCUGAGACGAAUAAUCCGUCUCUAGUAUAAAUUAAUCCGUCUCUGGUAAAGACGAAUUAUGGAGCAAAAUUCGUCUGAAGCUGAUUCGUCUGUUAGCACGUCUUGAAGACGUGCUAACAGACGGAUAAUUCGUCUUAGACGGAUUAUCCGUCUCUAAAUUUAUAUCUAGACGUAACGUAGACGGUUUUUUGACGACGUUUUCCACAUGAGAGGGACUGGUUUCUAUAUUUUCGCAAUGUUUCCUGUUCGCAAUGUUUUCUUUCCCGCGGUCGUUUCUAGACAAAUUAUGGAGCAAAAUUCGUCUUCGGAUUUAUACUUAGACGAAUUAUCCGUUUAACGGAUAAUCCGUCUAGACGGAUAACUCGUCUCUAGUAUAAAUUCGGGCACUGUAGACCCAAGCUGUUGUAAACAGUGUAGUGGUUCGGACGUUUCAUUAGUGAUGUCUAUUUUGCAAUGAAUCUAAGCUUUCUUAAAUGUUCUAUUGUAGCACGGUUAUUCCAGAACAUGAAUCCAGUUUUACCUUGUUCUUGCGGCUGGUGUCUAUACAUCUCACUAAAUUAUUACAAAGUGGCGCAUUACAGGGGUGGAAGCAGAUCAAGGGAAGGUAGGAAGUUUUUUUGGAUUUACACUGAAAUGUAGCCCUCAUUUAUUUAGAUAACGGAGUGGCAAAAAAAUAAAUAACUGCCACAAGGAUCUACAGUCUCCUACCAUUCUCUGUUUCUUAGGGCCUGUUUACAUGGAGUGGGGGACCCCGGUCUAGUGGGGUAGGUUUCUUUUGUUUUGUGUUCCCCAGAACGUGAAAACAAAAGAAACUAACCCCACUAGACCGGGGUCCCCCACUCCAUGUAAACAGGCCCUUAAUGGGUUACGGCAAAAUAAGCGUUUCAUGGAAACGUGUUCCUCGAGUAUUUCUUAGUUAAUGGGUAAGUCUGUCCUUCUUUGCCACCAAGUAUCAAAUCACUUCGGGCGCGCUCCAUUGGCCGUAUUCCGGAAUAAGAAUACUUGAAAUACACUCUAAAAAGCACUUGUUUGGCUUUCGUUCUUUCUUUUCUUUUUUUUUUCUUCCAGGCAAAUUUACUUAAUCACUAGUUACUGUAAUAGGUUACAAAAUAAGCAUUACAACGACCAUUUUAAAAAACAGACAAAUUACAUGGGAUAAUUUUGAUUGUCACAAUUGUACUAUCUUUAGUAUUACAUUACCUGAUAUAACAGAAAUAGAGAAUACUUCAUGGAAAGUGCUGGCGUACGGUAUUUACGCACGAGUUGUUGACGUAUCAGAAAUCGAACGAGUGAGCGCAGCGAACGAGUUUUUUUGUUGUAUUUUGGCGGUCCAAAGGGCGCGGUGCGAUGCCCCAAGGCCAUGAAAACAAAGGGAACAAAACGAUCCGACAAAAAGAAAAACAAAAAGCUAGGGUAACCUACAGGGUAAAAAGACCGCCAAAAUGGGAGGGGGCACCUCCAUACGGAGCCAGCCCGCCAACUUCGCCAGGGAAUCGAACCCCGCCUCCCUACUAAUUAAAAUACUUUAAGACAAUAUACAGUAUAAAAGGCUAUAUACAAAGACGCUCAAAACACACUCACUCAGACCUAUCUCAGGAAAACAACAGUGCAACCAGCAAAGGCGACCGAGGGGAGCAGCGAGAGAAGGAGACACGCACACUCAAGCAAAACCAACUCAGAGCCCAAGAAAACCACAGUACAUCCAACGAAGGCGACCGAGGGGAGCAAAGAGAGGGAAGACACACACACUCGAGAAAAACCAACUCAGAGCCAAGAAAACCACAGUACAUCCAACGAAGGCGACCGAGGGGAGCAAAGAGAGGGGAGACACACACACUCAAGCAGAAGAACAUGACCACAGUACAGCCAACAAAGGCGACCGAGGGAAACACACUCGAAGCCACUAAGAAAGACAAAAAUGAAAAGAGUCACCAACAACCUUACCAAUACGACCAUUUGCACCCCAUUGGCGCUGGAAAAAACGGCGCCUGCGCCGAGAUCGAAAUCGCUUAAAAAACAGAGGUAAAUAGAAAGACAGGCGACCCUUGAUACUAGUAAUAAGACCCACGGCACUUGGAGGUUUGGACCGAAAACGAUAGUCAUUCCUUUGACACCAGACAAAAAACUUAAGUAAGGACAGCAGAUAACAGAAGACACGAGGAACACACAACAGCUCAUCACUACUGAAACCAAAAAGGACAUGACGCACGGUAAUAGCUGGUGCCAGAGGAGAGGACAGAAAAAGAAGUGAUUGAAUCCAAUCGAGACCACUUUGAGCCAGAGGACAGUGGAAGAACAAGUGCUCCAGAGUCUCAUCGGAAUGACCACAGAGACAAUCCGGAUGAACAUUCAAUCCAAAGGAGACAAGACGGUGAGCAGUGUACAAAACGCCGUGAGCAACUUUCCAACAGAGAUCAAUAGGCUUCCUGUCAAGGGGCAUAAAGAACAAGGUCUUCCAGGUGGAAUCCCAGUCCAAGUCACGAUAACUGGAGCUAAACUUUACCACACAGUGAGGUUGUGCGGGAUUCAAGGACAAGAGAAGCUGAUAACACGAUUUACAAGUCAAGGAGUCAGCCCUAAGUAAUGCAGUGUCAGCCGAACCAACGAUCAGACCAGCCUGAGACAAGGAGCCGUGAAGCGCAGUCCAAGCACGCCGAAGUGCGCAAUAAAAAGCUGGAAGGCCCGAAGCUACCAAGAGGAAAAGAGAUGGGGUAGCGAGCACAGUUUGGGGAUCAAUCCCAAAACGGUCGAAAAACCAAAAGGUCAUCAUAUGGGCCCACGCAUUCGGGGCAGUAACAUAACGGCGAACCCACUGAGCCAGGAGCGCAUGAACUUUGUAGCGGACAGACACAACGCCAAAACCUCCUUGAAAAGUAGAGUGAUAGACUACAUCUCUAGCAACCAAGUCACGUUUGCCACUCCAAAAGAAAGAAAAGACAAGGGUAUUGAGUUCAGAUACGACCCAAUCAGGCAUAGGAAUAAGUGAUGCCACGUACCACACUCUAGAAAGAGCCAGAGCGUUGACAAUUAAGGCUUUGCCAGAGUAUGAAAGGGAUCGGCCACGCCAAGAAUUGAGACAUUUCUCAACAGCAUUGAUUCGAGGCCGCCAGUUUUCCUCCUCAAGGCUGCCAUUACCCAGAUACACACCCAAGAUUUUAAUAAAGGCAGUGGUCCAUUUGAUGGAGACGGGUGCAUCCAAACGACCACGCCACGAACCCAGCCAAACACCCUCACAUUUACCAAGAUUGAGCUUGGCACCAGUGCCUUGUUCGAAUCUAGCAUAGACGGAGAAAAUCGCUCUAGUGGCACGAUCAGAGCACGAAAUAACAGACGUAUCAUCAGCAUAUAAGGACAGUACAGGGAGGGGAGAAGACAAACCAGGUAGGCGCAGACCAGUAAUGUCAGGAUGACAGCGAACGUUAGCAGCCAGCACUUCCAUCGAGAGAACAUAAAGAAGGGGCGACAAGGGACAUCCUUGACGUACCCCACGGGAAGGCUUGAAGGGGCGAGAAAUGUACCCAUUGACAAGAACGGAGCUCGAACGUCGGUGUAAAGGAGCCUGACCCAACGAAUAAAGUUGUCACCAAAGCCCAUUUUAGCUAAGGUGGCGAGAAGGAAAGGCCAGUCAACACGAUCAAAAGCCUUCUCCUGAUCCAGGGAAAGGAGAGCUACUGGCAGGUUGUAUUCAUUUGCCAGUUCAACCACAUCACGCAAAAAAGCAACGUUCUCGCCGAUAUAGCGGCCCGGCACACCACAAGUCUGAUCAGGAGCAACAACGGAGGCAAUAACUUUCAGGAGGCGACCAGCCAGAACACGAGCACAGAGUUUGUAAUCAACAUUGAGAAGGCUAAUGGGACGCCAAUUCUUAUGAUCUAAGCGAUCACCUUUCUUAAAGAUCAAAGAAAUGAGCGCCUCACGCUGAGAGAACGGCAGGAGGCCAGCCUCCAGAGAAGCAUUGAAAACACUAACAAGAUCCUCGCCAAGCAAAUCCCAGAAAGCAACAUAAAAUUCCAUUGGCAAACCAUCAGAACCCGGGGACUUUCCCUUAGCCAUACCAAGGAGAGCAGCAUGAGCCUCGUUAGGCGAGAUUGGACCGUCACACAAUGCAGCUUCAUCGGGAGAAAGAGAUAAACUAAGAUGGUCAAGAAGAUCUGACUGGACCCCAAGAUCGACAGGGCAGGCCGUAAAAAGGUCCUGAUAAAAAGAAGCCCAGGACUCGCAAAUACCCUCAACAUCCGUUACAACCACCCCAUUGGAAACACGCAUAGCGGAGAUCCAACUCUCAGUUCCUCGCUUCUUUUCAAGCCUUAAGAAGAAACGAGAAGAGGUUUCACCCUCCUCAACCCACUUAACACGGGGGCGAACCCGCGCUCCCUCAGCUUCAGUCAGAUCAAAAGCCGCAAGCUGACCAAGAACCCGCUCGUAAACCGGCAUAAGGGAGACAACCCCAUCAUCAAUUCUACCCUUCAGAUGACAAGCAAGGGCAGAAAGGACAGAGCGUGACAGAGAACGUUCAUUAUGAGCACUACUGCAAUAACGGACCGCAAGACUUUUCAGAUGUUCCUUGCCACGGUCCCACCAAAGCUGAAGAGAUGAGAAAGAGGACUUACGCAGCCUCCAUCUAGACCAGAAGUCACUAACAGAUUGGAAGAAGACAGGAUCCUUGAGGAUGGAAACAUUCAGUUUCCAUCUGCCAGGGCCACGAGGAAAAGAUUCAGGGAUAGAGAAAACGAGAAAAACAGCAUCGUGAUCAGAGAAAGGACACGGAGCAAAGGUACAGGAAGAGACAAGAUGAACCCAGAUAGACGGAAAGCCGAUAAGAUCAAUGCGGGAGGACAAGGAACCAUCAGGCUUCAGCCAGGUAAAAGCGCGAAGAUCAGGAUGGAGAUGGCGCCAAACAUCCAACACACAAAACUCCCGGAAGAGUAACUCGAGAGAGACAAAGCUCUCCCGGAUGGUGACAGCAGGAUCAGAGCCCCGACGAUCUUUGGCUCUGUCAAAAACAGCAUUGAAAUCACCACAUAAUAUCGUGGGAACAGAUGGAUCCGCAAAGUCCAGACAUGAGGUGAAAAAUUCAUCACGCUCAGGGUUCCGGUUAGGUGCGUAGACAGAUGCAAUCCUGAACACGGAAUCCCUCCUAUUAAAUUCAGCCAUGAGAUAACGCCCGUCAAGUUCAACCCAGGAGUUAACAAGAGAAAAGGUGGGGCGAUAUAGAAGGACCUGGCCACAAGAGCGAACAGUGCCAGGGGCCGUAACAGUGAAAAAACCAGAAGAAGAGAACCAUAAAGAGGCCUCUGCAGCAUCGGUAACAUGAGUCUCCUGGAGACACACGAAAUCACAAGUCAAGUGGCUCAGCCACUGCAAUAAACCUGCACGUUUAACGGGAUCACGGAUCCCGUUAACAUUAAGUGUUAAAAGAUUGAACGCGACUGUUGGGGGAGAGAACUACAGAACAAGCUCCUCAAGGGAAGCACUACGACGAAGACCUUUUGGUUUGCUAGAAACAACUUGCGGCAAAACGUGCUUGCCAGACAAAGGCUUGAGAAGUGGGGACUGACGAACACUAGCAGCCCCACGCGAACCCUUGGCCUUAGCGCAAAGGCUACGCCCUUCAUAACGAGACCCGACAGAAGGAGGAGAGGACGUAUCCUUGGGGGACUGUCACUCUCGUCCAUGGCAUCAGCAAAGUCAGGGGGAGGCUCGGAGAAAAUAGGGGGCAGUGAGGAAGAGGAAGAAGAGUCCCCGAAGGACUCAAUCUCAUCAGAACUGAGGUCAGCCUGACCCUCAUCAAUGACCUCAAUCAAAGGCCGACCACUAGUGGCCGCAACAUCAACAGACUCCAUCUCAGCAACAUUUUCAACAACCACAACAUUGCUUUCAUUAACAGUAAUAUCAUUGACUUCAUUUGAUCUUUCAGUACUACUAUUAUUAAUAACUUCACUUGAUCUUUCAGUAUUAUUAUUAAUAACUUCUCUUUCAGUACUACUAUUAUUAAUAACUUCAUUAACAGUACUAUUUGCACUACUAUUAUUAAUAACUUCAUUUAAUCUUCCAGUACUAUUAACACUAAUAUUCUCAUUACUAACGUUUAAUUGCUCAUUACGUACUGCAGCAUUUUCAUUAUUCUCUAAUUCAGAAUUAGCAAGAAGAGAGGCAAACUCUUGGCUGUUGGUAAAACAAAUAUUGGAAGUAGAAUUACUCCUUUUAGCAGAUGAGCCCUUAUCUUUCCCGGCUCUUUUGGAGGCCCUUUGGUUGGACUCCCCAGAAGACUCACCACUGACAGGGACUAAGUCUUGCAGAAUCGACUGACUCUGCAUAAGAUCAAGCUCGUUAUCCUUAAGGAGCUGAGAGUCGGAAGAAUCCUGAGAGACAUUGGCCUCCGCAGAUGAGGCCAAGGGCGGAAAAUCCGCAGAGUCUCCCGCUGACCCGUCAGAAGUACAAUUCCGAGCAAAGUGCCCAGAUUGCCCACACUUUCUGCACUUAUCCUUGUUGGGGCAGUUUGCCGAUCUGUGGCCCUGAACGGCACAAAGAUUGCAAACAAGGGGUUGGCCACGAUACCACAAGCGACACAGAUAGCCAUCCACCAUCAGAAAGCGGGGUAGUACCCCGGAUAAAACAACAUCAACAAGCCUGGUACCAUUAAAGAUGUUUUGGUUGGAAAGAAAAGUCUGCUUCUUAACAGACUUGACUGCACCAUAGGCCUCAAAAGCAACCCCAAAGAUCUAUCAUCUUCCUCGAACGGAAAAUCGAAAACGUGCACACGCGUAACGGGGGGACCGCCCCCCAAGAUAGAGCACCACAAACCGAAAAGAUGCUUUCCGGAAAACGAUUUAGCCGCCCGAAAGUGCUCCGGAGAAGCGAAGGUGACACGAACGACCUCGUACGCAAUCUGGACAGCCUUGACGUCAAGGCCGGCAAAAACCCGAAGAACUUCGGUCAAGAUCUCAUCUUUGGUUUUGUCAGCCAGCUUGCGGCCGACCUGCAAGCUAAUGGUUUUUGGUAGGCGCAUUAUAACAAAAGCGAAGAAGCAAAAAGGCAAAAAGCGAAAAGCGAAAAAGCAGCAAAGCGCAAAAAGAUUAGAGUCGAAAGACGCUAAUCAACACAGCAAAAGCGAAGAAAUAACAAUCGGUGGCAGAAGGACACCAAUUGUAACAAGAUAAACAAUUAAUGUCAAAGACGCUAAUUGAAAGCACAAAAUCAAAAAGUAGAUUAGAGUCCGGAGGACACCAAUCUACAAAGAGAAAUAAGCAAUUAGUGGCAGGAAGACACUAAUUGCAAGAGAAAAAGGUAGUUGGCGCAAAAGCCAAUUACCAGAGGGCCAAGUAAUUUGUGUCCAAAGGACGCCAAAAAACUAACGACCCAAAGCGAAAGCUAUAUACAGCGCAGCGAAAACAACUAACAACUACAAAAAGUAAGUAAGAGAAAAAAUACGAAAAGGGAAAAACUUACCAAAAGUUAAGUCCUGACGGAGCAGGAACCCAAAAUGACGGGCGCCCGUAGCCACUCAGGAACGAAAACGGAUAAGAGCCAAGACCACUCACCAAGCGUGACCCAAACGGCCAGACUACCAAGUAAGAGGCAGCACAAGAAACCACGAACAAACAGGGGCCGGUAUCCACAAGGAACCACACACGCCUCGAAAGUCGCAGCAGUACUUAUCACAAGCAGCAGAUUCUCAAACCAAACCGGUAGAGUUUCCGCGUCGCGAGGAUAGCGCAGCGAACGAGUAAGAUUUCUGAUACAAAAACAACGAGUGCGUAAAUACCGUACAAAGCACUUUCCAUGUGGUAUUGUGUUUAUUAUAUACAUACUGAGUCAUUCAUCAUUUUGCGGGCCUUUUUAUUUUAAAUCUUUCAAAAAUGCUAAAAUUUGCCGCUACACACUUACCGCAAAAUGACAACGAAAACGAAGUAUCAGCUUUUUAGUAAAAACGUUUGUUAAAAACAUAAAUGACGGUGAGGAUAUGAGGUUUAAUCCAAGAACUAUAAGUAAUCUUAACUGUUUGUUCUCAAUGCACAAUUGAAAAAGAGUGAAUUUAAGUAAAAUGGCCGGUUUCAAUAUAAGCUUAACCUUAAAUGAAAGGCAAAGUAGCUCCGACAAAAAGCACAACAAAAGCUUACGUCUCGUUCUGUUUAUCCCUUUCCGCUGUUGUUUCACCGGCUCUCUACCGUAUUUUUUUAUCGACAGUGAAACAAACGAAACUAUUCCACUCCAUUUCCGAAAUGUUUUUCACUUUUUUAGCGAGAAAAACUCCUUGAGUAAAACUUUUCUCGUUGAUAAAUGUGUGCGAAGCGGCGCUGCAAGCUGCAAUAAAAGGCGGGAAUUUUGGCGCGAAACUCCUACACCUCUGUGGCUUCUGAUUGGACGUAUCAUUUUUCUCACACGUGAAAAAACAUCGUUCGCGAUUCUGAUUGGACGUAUCGUUUUUUUCACGUGUGAAAACCAUCGUUCGCUCCUCUGAUUGGCUAUAACUAAUUUGCGUACGAAAAUUUACGACAUAGCUUUUUGGUGAGUAUUUCUCAGUAUGUAUAUAAUAAAGAAACUUACUUGUCAGAUCGAGUGAAAUUAAACAUUUUGUAAGAAAUUCCACGUUUUCUGUAUUUAUCUUGUUCGCCUUUCAUUACAUUGUAAAAUCCAGACAAAUGGUGGUCAUUGACGACUAAGAUGAAUGUAGGCAAUAGCGUUUCAAUGGCGGUCUAAAAGGUAGCGGUUGAAAAGAUUUGUUAGGAAUUCUGCUUACUUUUAUCCUGGAAUACGAUUUACCCAACGCACCCUUAGUUGAUGAUCUGUUCACCCACCAUAGCUUCAUUUCGUUUCCCAAUAGAGCGUUUUUACAUAACGUCACGGCGGCCAUAUUGGUGUUCCACAACAAUGAAACGGCGGCCAUGUUGGCGUACUAAUACAAUCCUGUGGGAGUUGAAUUCUUUUCUUAUGCAAACGCUUUCUUUCGUUCCAAUAAAUUUGCAUAGAUGCAGGUCACGUGACUGAAAACGCUCUAUAGACCAUUUCCAAGUUGCCCUAAGUCUCUGUUUCAAGUGCGAAACCAUUGAUUUGAAAAAAGAUUUUUAUUCUCAUGCAAAUGAAACUACUUUUCACAAGAGAGGUUUUGUACUUAGCGUCGUUUUUAAAGUAAGAGUGUUUGGAACUCGGGAAUGGGUCUUAUGGCCUAUUCAGUGGCGGAUUCCACCCAUAAUGCAGCUUACGCUCAUCGAGGAUGUAGAUCGCUAUAUGGGGAACAGGGGCGGCGCAGUGGUGAAAGCACUGGCCUCCCACCAAUGUUCGCCUCAAUCCCGCCUUCAGUGCACCCUCUAAUUCCACCUUUGAAUCCCGGAAGCGACGCCACUCGUGGGUUUAUUUUGCUUUGUUAUUGCCCUUGCGAUGACAGGUUUUUAUCCGGGUGCACCGGCUUUCUCCCCUCCUUAAAAACAAACCAAAACACCAAAAACGUAAUCAGGAAUGUUGUAGACGAGCACCACGUUGAGGAUGUGUUACCUCUGAAACGUUAUUUACUUAUUUAUUUAUUUAAUUUGUUUUUUUUCGGGCGUAUCCUUGCACUUUUCCUUGGACAGCCUUAAGCAGGCAAAAAAAUAAACUCUUUUUGCUUUUGUUUAGAUUUUACUCAAAGUUCCACAAGCGUAGAAUGGAGGAACUUAACAAUACCGGUCUUUGCCAGUUUAUUGGUCUAUUUUUGACUCUUUCGUGUGUAGCAGAUCUUGAGGAUGUGGUAUGUCUUACAAACAGCCUUUAUUGUCAUAAUAUAUAAUUGGUCUGUGUUAGCUGGUUAUGAAGAUUUGAAUGUUACUGAACACUCCCCUGAGGGACUUCUCAGUUGAACAAACAACGUCCAAGCCUAAAAUGCAUAGUAGAAUCGAAGAGGAACAAUGACUAAAUGUCUGAUAUGAGUCACUCGUUGGAUAAGGAAGAAUGAAGAAUUAACCGUUGGAAUAAUGCCAAUCAGAAAAGGACAAUUAUGUUGAAUGAUUUAUGCUAAUACAAAUUCUAAUAAUGAUAGACUAGUGUCCAUAUAGUCAAAUUCAUACUUGGCUUCGAGGCUUAGGGGAGUAAAACAAAAAAAAAUGUAUUAUUUAUUGCUGAGCCUCAAGAUGAUUUCUUUUGUUUUAUUCCCCCAAGCCUGGUUGCCAAGUAUGAAUUUGAAUAUAUCGAAAUUGGUCUAUUGGGAGGUAAGAAAAUACGAAAUUGUGACCGAAAUUAUUGAGGAAAUGAUGGAGCAUUACACUGAAGUGUCGCUCGACGUACUUCAAUAUAUUAACCAUAACAAUACUUUAUUUGUGAUCAUAAUCAGCAAAACAGCGAUAACUUGUGAGGAGAAUAAAAAGGAACUAAUAAUCCGAAACACAUGAAUAAAAGUGAGUAAUUUGAGGAUAAUGGGAGUGUAUGACGUCACCACAAGCAGUAGAACUGUCCAUAAGAGUGAGAUGUCAUUUAGGACGGAGUUGCUGAAAUUUAUUAUCUCUGUCCAAUCAGAAAAAACAUGGUCAGUCACUAAAAGCGCUGACCAUUGAUGACCCACUUGAUUUUGCUUCGUUCGGCAGGCAAACAAGAUGUGUUCUUUUCUCGACUUACUUGACUUCAGUAUGAUGCAACAGGACAAGAAAACUUCCGUCUGGAAAGGUGAAACUUUAUCAUUUUGUAAUUAUUAAACUAAUAAAAGAUAACUGCAUUUUUCAUCUGUUAUUUCCACACACCGGGCAGGUAUUUAGUCGUUCGCAUGUGUAGACAGCAGCAUUUUGUAAGUCAGGCAAUCUUUGCUGUAGUCCUAGUGCUGGCUCGUAACCACACCCUCUCUCUCUUGAUGUUCUUUCGCGCGUUGUCACCAGUCACUCGCGUUUCGUGCUCGCCUUUGUUUCGCCCCAUGUGAGGGAAUUCAAGACAGUCUUGGAUUCUGGAUUGCACGCCGUGGAUUCCGGAUUCCAUGAACUGGAUUCCAGUCCUUGUCCGUGGAAUUUGGAUUCCGAAUUGCAAUCGUAAGGACAGUCAAACACCGUUAAUACGGAUACUGAAGGGACUACAGAAGGGGUCCGUAUUAAGCGGGUUGAAUUUAGAGAAAAUGCAAGGGCUUUCCCCUGGGACAAAGAAAACUGUCCGUAAUAACGAGGUGUCCGUAUUAAGCGGGUGUCCGUAAAGCGGGGUUCGAUUACUGUAACAGUGGGAUUCCUGAUUCCUUGAGCUAUAUUCCGGAUUUUACAAGCAAAAUUUUCUCUGAUUUCGGAAUCCGGAUUCCCUUGCAUGGGGCAAUUUGUUCGCGACCAAAGAGCGAAAAGGAAGCGCAUGAGGACUGGAGGAGACAGGUCCUAGAGAGAAUCUGUCAAGAUAAUCGGAUAUUGGUUAGGCAUUUAUGGAACCUUAAAACACACAGGUGGAUAAGAAGACAACGACAUAUUUCAAAAUGGUGGAAUUGUUCAUGUCAAACAUUCAUGUAAAAGAUUCAUGUUAAUUAGUCCACUUUGUCGCGACUGCAUCUUAGGAAAUCAAUAGAGCUUUUACCUUGAAAGGAGGCAUUGAGGGCCAAGUAUCAUGAAGACAAAAGAGUAACUGAAUUUGUCUCCAUUUUAGAAUAAGAUGCAUUGGAGUCGUAUAAUGAGUAACUUCCUAGGGAAAACCUGACGAAAUGUUAUCUCCAGCUAACAUGUUAUUUAAACUGCCUUAGGUCUCUUUGCCUUGAUGCUUAUCUACAAAGAAAGAAAUGUGGAUUUUGGAUACUUGGCAGAAAGAAUGUCACAGUAUUUUUCUUCUGUAGCAAGGUAGGAACGAAUGUGAAAAUUAAUAUGAAAACGACUUGGAGAUAAUCGCCGAGCUCAAAAACUGGUCGUGGUGUUUAUUGUUUCAAGAUUGAGAGGCUAUAGAGUAUCUGACUUGCCUUGCCAUACUCUUGAAAUAACUCCGGAAAUUGCAUGCAAUAAAUUCUCUUGCAAAUAGUACAUGAGUCGAGGCCUCUACUCGAAAAUAUCCCCUGUUCAAUUCUCGUAAGCGCACCCUAAAUCCUCGCAUUUUGGGUGAUCGCUUACGGGAGGUUCGACUGUACAAGAUUUGUGUUGUGCAAAAACUCAGAUUAGCUUCUGACCACUUGGCAACACAUAGUGUUACAAGCAGAAAACAACGGUCUCAGAGUAAUAACAACAGGCACCUUAACCCAUUCGCUCCUGGAGAUUUUGCCGAAAAACGCGUUUUGAAGCUAGUUGAGUGGUUUUCUGGUCACUUUCCUGCUAUAAAGAGCUAAAACUUACCACAAACCGGUUUACAGGUCGUACACUUGGCGGCCUCCUGAUCCAGAUGCAAAAUAUCAGCUUGCUUGGGUUUAAAAGUGACACAGCAGUCUUGACUUUUACUUUUCGCUUUUCUUGCCUCAUUUUUUUUUCUCUUGCUGGGCAUUUAGUAGGCUUCAUUUUGGUGGGAAGAGUUUUUAGAAAAGCUUUUAGGAUCUUAGGAUUAGGUGAAAGGAAAGGUAGGUGGGUAAUGGAACAAGAUUUUCAUGGAGAUUUUCAGGUCCUUGUCACGUGGUUUUUUGCUUCUUUCUCCGGUGUCCUUGACUGAAUUGUGCUCAUUCUGGUAUGGUUUGAAAGAUCUCUUCACUCUGCACAAGGUAGCGAAGAAAUUUGUCCUUGACCGUUAAAACUGAUGACGUCACAAAGGGUAGAAAGGACCUGGAUCCGCACGGGCGGUUACGGGCGGUUCAGGGGCGAAUGGGUUAAAUGCUAUCCAAGUUGUAGCAGACGGUAAAACGUGGAAUAUUAGUCAUAUUUAGACAACGUGAUGAUAGUGGCGACAGCGCGCAAGUUGACCAAUGGCAGAGCGGCAAAUUGAGCACCAAAAGUCGCUUUCAGUCAUUUCCGCAAGCUUUCGUUUCGCGUUCUUAAUUGACGAUGGGUAUUAUUUGCUAAUUGUGUCUAUUGCUUAGCUAACACGCACGAGACUGAACGUUAAUGCAUUAGAGUUGCGCAUGCGUCUCAGGUUUGGCCGUCAUUUGGCAAGAAUGUUAAUGAUGCUCGGACACGGUGAGCUUUGCUCUCGCUUUUUACAUCUUCUGCUGCUAUCAUACUGGGUCUGGAACCGUGAAAGUGGGCUCAGUGUUUCUCUAAGUGGUUGCUCGUCUAGUCUUCGUUUUAAAAUAUCUCCUGGAAAGCAAGAAUGGGGCGAUUUAUCGAUGAACAUUUUUGGUUCUGAUUGGAAUAGUGCGUCGUUUUGCCUGGCCCUUGGGAUUACAGAUAACAUGUUCUUAUUCUUUUCACACUGGAAUUCGACAAUGCUCAAGGUGAUGACCAGAAUCAAGCGCUGUCAUCGCCCUUGUUUGUACUAUUCUAAUUGCAGUGCGGCAUUCCGCUGUGUGAUGAUUUAUGACAUUGUUUUCAAACUGAACCCGGGUCCCAAUGGUCCGUUAACCCGCAACCCAAACAAUCUUAUUACUGUGGAGCGGAGUGGAAUGUCUCUCAGUGACAACAGGUCAUUGAAAAUAUGCAGUUUGAAUGCUAGAUCGCUACAGAAUAAAUCGGCAGCCUUUGUUGAAUUGGUGAAUGAUUUGAAAGCCGAUUUGUUUAGAAUUUGUGAGACCUGGUUGUCCGUCAACGACAGUGCUGUUCUUAAUGAACUUACCCCGACGGGGUACAACACUCUUUAUCACUGUCCACGAUCUGGCAGAAGGGGUGGGGGAACUGCACUGCUUGUGAGGAAAGGAUUUGUCACUAGCAAAAUAUCUUGUAUCGAGAAGUCAUCUUUUGAGUUGUCAGAGUGGCUUGUUGAUGUUAGAUCUACUCGGCUACGCAUUGUAAUCAUUUACAGGCCGCCUUCUUCACCUGUUCAUCCAGUUUCAAUUAGUACGUUCUUUGCAGAAUUUUCUCACUACCUUGAAUCUGUUGUUAUGACCAAUGAGCCGCUGGAUAUUCGUAAUUCUAGCUUAUAUCGUGAUCCUCCUAAUACUCUUGAAGAACUUGUGGAAUGUUACAAUAAUACUGUAAGACCAGUAUUGGACAAACAUGCGCCAGUCCGGGCUCGCCACCUGACGUCUCAGUCACGUCCUCCGUGGUUUAAUGAUGAAAUAGUGAAGGCGAGACGUAAAAGACGGAGUGCUGAAAGGAAAUGGCGGGCUAGUAGGCUUAAUUCGGAUCUCGCUGUAUUUAAAGCCAAACGAAACUUUGCAUUGCAUGUCAUGAAUGAGUCUAGACGGGCCUAUUAUAAACAAUAUAUUGAUGAGAACAGUUCUGACCAGGGAAGGCAUUUUCGGGCCAGUAAACGCCUUUUGAAUUUUCAUGUAGAUAGGGCUCUGCCGCCUCAUUCGGAUGCUCGUAUGCUAGCAAAUGAGAUGGGGGAGUAUUUUGUUCACAAAAUCACGGCUAUUCGGUCUGCGCUGGAUGCGGAUGCCAGUGGCGCAACUUCGCUUCCCACAUCAGCCUCAACGCGUAGUGAGUUUUCUGAAUUUUCUCCACUGUCUGAGGAGAGUGUACGGAGAAUUGCUGCCUCACCAUCGUCUAUUCUGUCCUUCUGUUUGGAUGAACUGCUCCCUGUUAUUAGGAAAAUUGUCAACUUGUCUCUUGAGUCUGGCGUCUUUGCAGAGGACUGGAAGGAUGCUUUAGUUCACCCCUUGCUUAAGAAUGCAGGACUCAAACCUGUUAACAAAAAUUUUCGACCGGUGAGCAACUUGCAGGUUACAUCAAAGAUUACGGAAAAGUCCGUGGCUAUUCAAUUACAAGAUCAUAUGACAGCCAACAACUUAUUUCCUGUCCUCCAAAGCGCAUAUCGGCAGAAUCACAGCACUGAGACGGCGUUAUUAAAAGUUAAAAACGAUCUUCUGCUAAAUAUGGACAAAGGUCAUGUCACAUUGCUUGUUAUGUUAGAUCUCAGCGCUGCGUUUGAUACCGUAGAUCACGGUAUUCUUCUUCACAGGCUGCAGUCCAAGCUCGGCCUUCGGGAUAAGGCUUUAUUAUGGUUUAAAUCUUAUUUGGCGGGAAGAACGCAGCAGGUCUCAGUUAACGGAUCGCUCUCUGAUAAAUUUAAUCUGACUUGUGGGGUCCCACAAGGUUCUUGUUUGGGCCCCCUCUUAUUUACCAUCUACGCGAGUUCGCUGUUUGACAUCAUGAAAUCUCAUCUGCCAUCCGUUCACACCUUUGCGGACGAUACGCAGCUAUAUAUAUAUCGUUUAAUCCCGUUGAUAAGACCAGCGAGGCUGAUGCUGUGAUUGCGAUUGAGAACUGUAUUCGUGACGUUCGCGCAUGGAUGAGAGAUGAUAAGUUACUGCUAAAUGACGAUAAAACUGAGUUCUUGAUCAUUGGCACGGAACGACAGUUAUCAAAGGUGUCCGUUGACAAGAUCAAGAUCGGCCAAGCUGAGGUAUCGCCUGCCUCUUCAGUGCGCAAUUUGGGCACCUGGUUCGAUUCUCAUCUGGACAUGUCGACUCAUGUGACUAAGACUUGUGCUAGCGCGUUUUAUUAUUUGUACAAUAUCCAGCACAUUGGGAAGUAUUUGUCUCGUGAGUCCACCGAGAGGCUUGUUCACGCGUUCAUCACAAGCAGGCUUGACUACUGUAAUGGUUUAUUGUACGGUGCUCCUGAGUAUCAAAUUAAGAAACUUCAAAGAGUCAUGAAUGCCAGUGCUCGAUUGGUUUACUGCGCACAUAAGUAUUGUCACGUUACUCCUUUGCUAAGAGAACUCCACUGGCUACCAGUGCGCUUGCGCGUAUAUUUUAAGAUUCUCCUUGUUACGUUUAAGAUUCUUCACGGUGUUGCGCCUAGCUAUCUUAAGGAUCUUGUCUCUGUCUUACCGGACUCACGUUACCAACUACGCCGUAACAAUAAUGGUAUAUUAUUAGAAAGACCUCGGCUAAGAACGAAGAAGACUUUGGGAGAUCGCGCGUUAUCGAUGGCUGCCCCCUUUUUAUGGAACAGUCUUCCUCUGCCAAUAAGACAGGAAACAUCAAUCGACUCUUUUAAACGCUCUGUUAAAACACAUUUAUUUAAAAAGGCUUUUAGUUAGAUUAUUUAUUUAUUUAUUUUUAAAUAUUGUAAUUUUACCGGGUAAUUUUACUGGUUUUUAAUUUAGUUAUUAAUAAUAUUGUAAUGCGCUUUUGAGUAUUUUUAUAGAAAAAGCGCAAUAUAAGUUUUAAAUUAUUAUUAUUAUUAUUAUAAGCUUACGGUCAUUCUCUCUUAACUGUCUUUUAUUUUCCUCUUCUGAAUAUUAUUAAAUACGAAAAUAUUCGUAAACUAAAACUUUAAGAAUACAGUCACAUCUUCUUCCUGCGUAGAAUUGACCAUUCCAGAAAGAACCAAUUCAAAACUUGAGUAUUUCUUGUAGUUCUUAGCCUGUUCCAGGUGUUGAAAUCGAUAAUGGCCUGUCAUUGCAGAAAAACUCUCAACACUAGUCGGACAAUAUGUCCGGUCAAUUCUUUUAUUUAUUUACCUUUUUUGUCAUUUGCUGGCGAAUUUAGCCUAACUCGACGAAGUUAAACGGCUCUUUAACAUCUUUACUCAUUUCGUUUCGAAAUUAAACAGCUCUUUAACGUCUUCACUCAUUCGUAUCUGUAAAUGCGCUUGUUUUGGAUCGUGUCAGUUGUUAAUCACAUGUUGUGUUUCUUUAACUUUUGGUUAACAAAUGUGUCACUGGUAAUUGCUUGAGGCAGCAGCCAAUUUCUUAUUUAUGGAGGCGAAAUUGGAAAAUGCCUCGUGUUAAUUUCUUUAACAAAUCUUGAUGUUGUUAGAAACGUCAGGAUUAUAAUAACUUUCCACAUCUGUUCGGUAUUGUAGUGUUUGCUUAUGUUAAUUUGAAAUCUAAUAAGGAAGUUGGAGGCUCUAGGUGAAUAGCACUUAGUCACGCAUACGAUAUUUCCUGCUAGAAAGAACACAGUGCUGUAGCGUUGUAAGAAUUGUUAUUGAAGUAGCUAGAAUUGAGGUAGCUACAGAGUUAGAUAUAGAGUCAAAGUUGUCGAUCUUCAAAACCAAAAUAAAAGCUUCUUGACUGACGGAACGUUUUCUUUUUGUACAAAAGUACUGAAUUCUAUAUUCAGUUAAACUGAUAUUUAGUUAUUGACAUUUUUAUGAUGCAUUACCGUUGCCUGUCACAUUUUGAGCACAAAUUUAUGAGAAGAUCGAGACCAUAAGGAUUUUUAUCCAAUAUAACUGAGUUAAAGGCCUUUUUAAUCGCAAAAUGGAGUCAUGGUUUUGGAUCCUUGGCUGGUUUCUUUCAAUUCUGACGAUAAGUGGAAAUGGAUUCAUUAUCUUCCUUGUGUGCCAAAAACGACAACUCCGCACCAACACCAACGCUUUUGUCGUUUCACUUGCAGUGGCAGACCUCUGUGUUGGGAUAAGUGUGUUUCCUAUGCUGUUUUUGUACGAGAUGACAAGAGAUCGCAACUUUUCGCAAGCAUUAUAUAAAGGAGUUUUGAUCUCACGCUGGUUUUUUCAAGACGCCUCAGUGAUGAGCCUGUGUAGCUUAGUACUGGAGCGCUAUAUUGCCAUCGUGAAGCCUUUCAAAUACGUGACUUUUAUGCGUGGUCAUCGCGUUGUCCAAAUGAUAUUUCUCCCAUGGGCUAUAACUGUUAUUUUUAUUUUACUAGAGUCUUCACUCUGGAUUGGUUUAAAGUCAUCCUUCGUAUUGAAAAUUUUUAUUUGGCUUGUUAUUCCUUUCUUUGAAUUUCUACCAUGCUGUUUGGUCAUUUUCUGCUUACUUUGUAUGUUACGCGUUGUGUAUAAACAUAAGCGUGCAGUCAGUAUUUUGACGCGACAGUUACGUUUGAACCAUUGUGUUUCGUAUAGAUCUUACGAGAACUCUGCUGUUGUAAUGGUGACAGUUGUAUCAGGGAUCUUUCUCGUUUGCUAUGGUCUUUACUUGCGCUGUGGUUUUAUGAUGGUUUUUAACAUAGUUCAAGACUGUUCUCAUUUCACAUCCUAUCAAAUGCCUAUGUUAGUUUUUAACUCCGCUUUCAACCCUUUGGCUUAUGCUUUUUUUAAGCGGGACAUAAAGAAGGAGAUUAAAAGGUUGUUGUACGCAUGGAGUUUGAAAAAACAGCGUUUAAAAAAUAUUCGUCAUUGUUAUGAUUACGACGUGAAAACGCAUCCCUGUAACGCGCAGUUCUUUGGGAGAAAGAGGCAAAGUAAUAGGUAGUGAACUUUAAAAAAGAAAUCUUGAAUUUAGCAAAUCAGAUAAGGGGAAAUCCAAGAAAUAUUAAUAAAAGAUAAACGUUUGCCUUGCAUGAUAACUGACGCAAAAAUUUUAGUGAAUAAAAUUUUCAGUGCAAGAAGCUUUAUUUACGUUGCACACAGAAUAAUUGAUAUCUAAAAACCUUAAUGGCUAUUUAUGGACUGACAGGUCAUCAAAUUGAUGCAACGUGCUUUUAACUGUCUAAUUUUGUAAAUGGUUUUAACUCUUGUAAAAACCUCUAAAUUAUUAAAAAGGCUGACUUGAAAGAACAUUACCAAAAGUAAAUGUGAAAAUGAUACAUGAUGAAAUGAUACAUGAAAAUGAUACAUGAUGAAAAUGAUAAAGAGACAACAGUAAUGAAACUCUUGCAAUAGAUCGCGCCAAAUAUUAUAAAUAUGGCGCGCAAUUUUAUUACUCUUUAAAGAAAGAGGUAUCAGGCUAGCACCGAAUUUAGCCUUUAUGCCUCACCUAGCCUUGUUAUUGAAUUUUUAAGCCAAAUUUGAGGUCAGCUGCAACUGUGGCGGCGAAAUGCCGCGCUUUUAUCUCUUACUAGUUCAUUAUACUCUGAAGAUAACGAUGAAACCACAGCAUUUUUGUCUCCUUAUAUCCAGCUUAAACUUUUUUAUGUUCAAAAUUCAUCCUCCAACUAGCUACUUUAUACAUUUUAAACGACCCUCGGUUUAAACUCGAUAAAAAUUGAGCGACUUCGUGGGAAAGGCUUUUUUAAGAUUAUUCCAGGAGAAAAAUUCAUAUUUUAAUGAAAACAGUGAAUGAAGCUUUUUGCGCUUAGUUCCGAGGAACUGCUCAAACUCCGAUUAUGCGGUGCCUUAGAAGUAUAUAAGUGCAAUUUGUUUACCCACGAAACACCUGGGAGCUCUUCAAACUCUUUUAACCCUUGAAGCUCUAAUAUCCACAUGCAAAUUAUCUGACUGAUCUCCAUACAUUUCCUUAAAGCAUAAAAAAGGUAAGCAGGUAAAAAGGUACAAGGAAUUUAAAGACAUUAACUCUACUACAAUAACUAUACACCUUAACUAUACUCAAGAAACAAAGAAGCGGGAAAAAAAUAUAAAUAAUAAAUAAAAAUAAAAAUAUUUCACAAAUUACAGAAUAGAAUGCUUACUAAUACCAAUUAUCACUUAUCACACUUAACGAAUUAGCGAAAAAGGGGUACUAACGAAAACAAAAAUUAUAUGGUGUGACAAGUCAAAGUUUCAUUAAAAGGUUAUUUGUUUAUUUUAUUUAGAAGUUCGAUACGCUUAUGUAAUCCGGCUGCCUGGUUUAUUAUUUUGGACGUAUUUCCUCCACUUAGCGUCGCGAAAAGAUCGCUUUCCAUUGGAGUCAGCAAUGAUUGUCUCAAUAUGAUAAGUGAACGCCACUUUGGAGAGGUAAAUAUUCAAGGAAGGAACACAGUCUCUACUACUACAGGAGUGAAUAUGCUGUUUUGCCGAAAUUAUUAAGUGGUUGAGCAUUAAAAAAUCAGUGCUAUUUUCACAGAUACCGAAAAUUUUGUCAACAUCUGAUAGUUCAUUCAACCUUAUUUCUAUCCCAUUACAAAAAGAGAUGAAACUUUGCCAAAAUGUACUGGAAAAGACACAGUUUAUAAAUAAAUGUUCAGAGAUUCAUCAGUUUUCUUGCUUACAAAACGAGCACAGUGGACUAGUUACCAAACCGAUUUUAUGGAGGAACAUGUUCGUUGCCAAAUACCUGUGUAAUACCCUAAAUCGAACCGCCCGUGAUCUGGAAUCGAUAGCCACUUUGAAAGGUAAGUGAUAGAUCUCCUCCUAUUUUAAUGCAUCCCGGAUGCAGGAGUUUGGAGGUGUGACGACAUGGCCCAUGAUGUGUGAUGAUGAGUCGAUAGUCGUGCAGAACAGACAGUGGCAGUUUGGUUCACGAGUCGCAGUCUGCGAGCAAGCUCUCCAUUUGGUUGAGUCGCGAGAAGUCACGCGAGACCAGCACGCGAAAGGAGAGGCGAGUGCGAGUGGAAGGGGAACGAAAGUGAAGCAGAACUAAUUGAAGAUUUAUAAGAGAUCGUUGCAAGCCCGGCUCCUUUUCCUCCGCUCACGCGUUCUCUCGCGACUUGCUAGCAAGCUACACGAGUCGCUGUAACUGGUAUUCAGUGUGAUUUGUCAGAGCUACAACAUCGGCGAACAGAAAUUCUCUAAUGGGAAUUUGGGUAAAUUUCCACAGUCGAAGGUGUGCAAGGAUGAAUAACUAGCAUUUAAACAGGAAAGCUUUCUUAAAGUUGCUGACAUGAUGCUGAAGAGAUUUGCUGCUGGACAACAUUGAAGGAAAUAUACUACUCAUGAAAGUACGAAAUUGACACUAGGCUCCGCAAAUGUUUCUCUAGAAGUACGGGCGCGAUUUCGUCGUCGGAAAAAAGCAAAUUCCGUUUUGUGGAAAUAAUCACUUCUUCUGUAGGUAAUUCUGUGCGUCACUAUCUCGGUUAAACGUAGUGAUAGUUGUCGUGGUUAUCGUGAUGUUUCAAACGCCUUUCCGACAAAAUCGCAUUGUGGUGAUAUAAUGGUGAAAAUAUUAAUUCUAGCUUCCUUAUUUUCAUUCUAAGUGCUUGCUGGGAGUUGUCUCAAGUUAAGUGAUUUGUCUGGAAAUAAUAACAAAAAAUUUUAAGUAUCUUGGGCAUAUACUGUAGCAGGUGUCAUAUUUCGACGUUAUGUCUGAGAUAUUUCCGAGAGUCGUCACAUGAUGUAUUUCAUAUGUAUUCACUUGAGGUCAGUGCACAGGCCGUAAUUAUGUGUGCAAAGAGAAUAUAGUUUUUCGUGUUUGUUUGUUUGUUUUUUCUCACCCCUUUUCCAUUUUCAACACCAAAAGAUGUAACAAUAGAAAUUAUCUUUCUCGAACUAAGAAAAGGUUUAUUUUUUUACUAGCUAUAACUUGGGUGCAAUAGGUAUUAUUUUAGAAUUUAAUGAAGUAGAGCCAAGGCACAAGAGUCAAUCAAGCCCCUUCUACUUUUCACAAUGCUAAUUUUUUUGGCAUCUUUUUGACCGAGUAUAUGCCAUAUUUUACAUCCUGCGCCCAAGUUAAUUACUCAUGAGCAGAUGGUUCUACAUUUCUGUGCUCCUAUAACUGAGUCGAAGAUAAUUUUUACAUACACUAAGACGGAAGCGUGGUUUUGGGUUCUUGGCUGGUUCCUGUCCAUUCUUACGAUUAUUGGAAAUGGAUUUAUUAUCUUUCUUGUGUACAACAAACGACGACUUCGCACAAAAACCAACGCAUUUUUGGUGUCACUUGCAGUGGCAGACCUCUGUGUUGGGAUAAGUGGUUUCCUUUGCUGUUUUUGUACAAGAUAACAAGAGAUCGCAGCUUUUCACAAACUUUACAGAAAGGAAUGUUGAUCGUGCACUGGCUUUUUCAAGACGCCUCUGUGGUGAACCUUAGUAGUUUAGUACUGGAGCGCUAUAUUACCAUCGUAAUGCCCUACAAAUAUGUGACUUUUAUGGCCCGUCGUCGAGUUGUCCAAAUGAUUUUCGUCUUCUGGACAAUAACUGUUAUUUUUAUUUUUCUUGAAUCGUCACUUUGGAUCGGGAAGGUUUAAAUUCAUCUUCUGUAUUGAAAAUUUUUUUUUGGUUUGUUGUCAUUUUCUUUAAGAUUAUCCCAUGUUGUAUGGUUAUUUUUUGGAUAGUUUCCAUGCUCCGUAUUGUAUUUAAACCAAACAGAGCAGUCACUAUUUUAACCCGACAGUUACGUUUCAACCACCGUGCUUCGCACAAACCUUACGAAAAGUCCGCAGUUGUAAUAAUGGCAGUUGUUUCUGGCUUCUUUAUCGUGUGGAAUGUUCCUUUGUUGCGUUGUGGGUUUUUGAAAAUUUUUCACUUUAUUCAUGACUGUUUUGAUUUCAGGUAUAAAAUACCAGUUUUGGUUCUUAACUCGGCUGUUAAUCCUUUUGCUUACGCUGCUUUUAAAAGGGACUUGAAGAAUGAAUUUAAAAGACUGAUUUGCACAGUGACUUCGACAAAACAUGAACAAAGGAAGAUUCAUGAAAACAUUCAUAUUUCUGUGGCUAGGACGUCCUUGUUUUAAGAAAUGUAAAUUUGUGGUCAGUGAAAAAUAAGAAAUAAUUAGUGGAAUGAAUAAAAUGCUUUCUUUAUGAAUCUUUAUUCCUACGAGCAUGUUUCUUCUUUUUCUUUCUAUUUUGGUAAGUUUUCCUUCCUCGUGUUGAUAGGAAAAAGUAACUUGUAUUUUUUCGUUGUCAAGUAGUGCUACCACGUUACAUUUUUUUCGUGAUACAAGCAGCGUGCAAAGAAAGUAGUGUCCGAUAGCCCGGGGCUAGUGGAUUUUGCUAUCAGGCUAGUAAAUUCUGUUAUUAACUUGCCCGACGGGCAAGUGAUCUUUUUUGAGGAAUUCGAAUAACAGAAGAACUGUGAGAUCAAUUCUGCUCUUCAAAAAGCUUUUGGGGCUAGUUGAAAUGACGUCUGGACUAGCAAAUGUUACCUUCAGCUUGCCCGAAUGGCAAGCUGUAAAAAUGAUUUUCUUUGCACCCUGUACAAGGCCCACGAUGCGAUACAAGUUGCAGAACCUUAUGUACACACAAGACCGUGCAGCUGCGCAUGAGUUUGUUCACUAUCUUUAUUCCACGCAAAGUGGGAGUAUAAAAGACUGUAAUUUCACUUACUCGUCAAUAAAGUACGAUUUUGUUUUGUCGUAGUAUCGCGAUAUCUUUUUCAAUAAUCAAAAUUUUUAUAUGGGAAGAAAUAUGGUGCCUCACCGAUGCAUCGUUGAAUCGUUGUAGCCCUAUAGAGAAGAGAGGUGAUGACGUCAUCGGUAAAAAAAACAAACAAACUAAAUUUGUGAAAUUGUGGGGUUGGUUAGCAUAACCAGAAAGAACCAGAUGAAAAAUGUUCACUCGGUAAAAAUAAGCCAGUUUGAAACGGUGCUUAUAUGUCCCCACCUAUUUGCACUAAAAGGAUAAUUUUUUUUCAUCUUGUUCUUUCUGAAUAUGCUAACCAACCCUAUAAUUUCACGUAAUUUUAAUUUUGGUGUUAUCAUACCUCAUUACUCUAUUAUCAAGUGAAAAGUUGCAUGUUUUCCCAUUUACUACCGGCAAGAAUUUCUUGUCAAAGUAAAACUUGCUAAGAAAACCGUGGAGUGUAAAUGGGGCUUAUAUAAAUGGUGUGAAUAAUGGACUUACAAGCAAGUAAUUGGACUUAAGAUAAAGGACUAAUUCUGAAACUGGAAUGAAAAUUGAUACUUUCUGUGGUUAGAAUUAGACUGAUUUUAAUCAUAGUUCAAAUAAUCUACAUAAUGUUUCAAAAUACAAGCCAUCAAUUCAGUAAAAGACAGACGUGAAACAAUGAUGCUCUUUUUUCUCAAUUUGUAUAAGGUCUAUGUACCCCAUAGCCUGCGAACAGCAGACGCAUUUCCGAUCGAGAAGCGACGAUCGGAAAUGCGUCUGCUGUUCGCAGGCUAUCUACCCCACUAGUUAUGAUAUUGGCUGAAGUUUUUAUGUUCAUAUCUUCUCAGAGAUCCUUUUACACGGAACUGAAACUCGCAACUUGUUUAUAAUCCCCACACUCCUUAGUUUUGCGCGAGUAUUCACACCAAGAAAAAGCCGUUACCAAUGAGUUUCGAUGAUCCUGCCACUUGGGUAGUCGGCAGUAUGGUUGGUUUGAGUGAAGAGUUGAAAGUCAACUAGUGCACUGUUCUCUUAUUCUCUUCUUUUUAAUCAUCAAAUGUCCAUUCUUUUUCUCGUUCUAGCCUUCAAUGUCCGGCUAUCAAGGAGCCCCGUCUUGAGUCAACCAGCUGUAUAGGUUUGGCAAGCGUUUAUGAACCAAAACAUUUUCUCUUACAUGUUGGGCGACCAUACAGGUUCCUUCUUUCUGAGUCUGUCUGGCAUCAAGGUCAUUCCUUGAUUACUUCCAUGCCUACGUUUAAUGGUACUUGCACGAGCCCAUAGGCACUUUGGCCUGAUGAUAUGGUUACUUUCUCCAUCUUAUGAUUCUGUACUGAGGCUUUGUUUUACGGGCGCUAUUCUGUCGUUUGCAGUGAGAGGUGCGCAGUGUAAAACAAACAAAUUACUUUAACCUGUGCUAGUGUAAAUUUGGACUGUAGUUUCCAUUAUCUCCGAAAAAGCCCCCGUAGGGGAGAAGAUCGUAUUAUGCUAAAAGAGCAAUUUCAUUCCUCAGGUUAAUGGACUCGAUUAACAGCUGUUCUGUACGCGCAUAAGACUUAUUUUAAAUUUCAAAAAUGCUCUGUUGUGUUCAUCUAUUGAGGGAGAUAAAAAUAUUUUACUUUCAUCGUUUAUACAAGUAACAUUCUUAUGUUUCAGUCUCCUAUUUCAGCUACAAAAUCACUGAAGAUAUUGCGCUCUUACUUCGGUCUUGAUAUAAAAAGGCACGUGACUAUGUCAAACGCAUUUCCCUGAUUAGACUCGUCCUCACAGUUCACUAAAACGUACAAACUAUGUAAACACUCGAAUCUACUUACUAAUCCUCAAUAACUGCUAGUACAUUAUCUCAACCUACAGCAGAAAGAUAUUUAUCGCAAAAGAAAAUUUGCUGGUGCAGAUAUCUUGAGGUUUAGCUGCGUCACAGUUUCUUGUAAGGUUGCAUGUUCUAGCAAAAGGAAUAUGCUUUUUCCGAUUUAAAUUAUGCGCCUUCCUUCGUUUAUGUUGUUUUCAAAGUCCCUGUGCACAUCAUUCUUUUAAAUUCCUUUUUUAUGUCCCUUUUGAAAAGGGCAUAAGCCAAUGGAUUAACAGCGGAGUUAAGAACUAACACAGGGAUUUUAAAUGUAGAAUCUGAGCAUCUUUGGUUUAAAAUCUUCAAAAAUCCACAACGUAUAGUAAGAGCAUUGUAUAUAAGAAAGAAACCUGAUACAAUAAUCAUCAUUACAAUCGCGGACUUCUCGUAAGGUUUGUUGGAAACACGGUGGUUAAAACGUAACUGUCGAGUUAAAAUUCUGUUUACGCGAUUGUGUUUACAUACAAUGCGGAUCAUAGAAAUUAGGCAAAAAAUAACAAUACAACAAGGCAAAAACUCGAAGAAUAUAAUAACUAGCCAGACAAAAAUUUUGAGGUUGAGAGACGAAUCUAAGGCGAUCCACAGAGUUGCUUCAAGCAAAAUAAACACAACUGUUAUCGUCCAGGGAAGAAAUAUCAUUGUUAGAGCCCGAUGUCGAGUCAUAAAAUGCAGGUAUUUUAAAGGCAUCACGAUGGCAAUAUAGCGCUCCAGUACUAAACUGCACAGGUUCAUCACUGAGAGAUCUUGGAAAAGCCAGCGUACAAUCAACAUCCCCUUAUGUAAACCUCGGGAAUAGCUGCGAAUUCUUGUGAUCUCGUACGAAAACAGCAAAGGAACUACACUUAUCCCAACACAGAGAUCUGCCACCGCAAGUGAAACCACAAACAUGUUGGUUUUUGUGUGAAGUUUUCGUUUUCUGCAAACAAGGAAGAUAAUAAUUCCAUUUCCAAUAAUCGUCACUAUUGAAAGAAACCAACUAAGAACCCAAAACCACGACUCCAUUUUACAGUUUUAAAAAAGAUCUUUCUGUCAGGUGUUAUACCAAAUGAAUUUUACAGACAAUUUACGGACAUCUGGUUUUUCAUUAAUUAACUUCUGCGUGAAAUAUGAAAUAUAGUUCAUCAUAAAACGGUUUUUAUGUCACCUAAUUUUCGCGAUAUUCCACGUUAGAGUCAGAUCGAAUGAUACAUGACAUUACGUGCAACGGGACAUUUAGAUACUUGAGGAAAGGAAAAGGGCCUUGUCAUCAACACUUGAGACACGUUUUCAAUCAACUAAAUUGACUGGAUGUUGCCAAGAACAUAAAAGGAUGUUGCACAUAAUAAAUUCGGUAUAAAAGAAUGAGAUGCCACUGACCACGUACGUUUGUUUCUUUGCUUGCGGUUUUUUUUUGGCGAUUUUUUGAUAAUUUUAUCUUUGCGUUUACUUAACUUCGCGAUCUUUUUCGUCAGAAGUAGAUCGCAAAAACAUUAAAACCCGAAGAAUUAAGAGUGGAUUUGCAUUUUCAUUUUGAGACCUUUUAAAGGCACACUUAAACUUUAAUAACUUGUACGCAAAGUUAUUAAUUCUUCAAAACAAAAUUUCUGUGGGACCGCGGACACUUGCUGCGUUAGUUACGACAAUCAUAUCUGUGGGCGGACUUAAAAUGAGUAAACGCUAAUCCAAAAUGCAAUUAAUGGACAGCAAAGAAAUGACUCUCAUAAUGGCAUUGAAAGUGCCUUAAAAAAGUUUUAGAUCGACCGCGGUUUAAGAUUUGCAGGGGUCAAAGGGCCAUUAUAACCAUCCCCCCCCCUUCCCCCAACUGCUUCAGCUUUUCUGUCAAUUAUCGUCUUGUGUUGAAUGCAUCAUUUGGCGGUUAUGAAAAGCAAUUGACUAAAUGUAACUGUUUUACUAAGGUAGCGCAUCCACGACAUUUGUCACAUACACAUGAACCAUCGCUGGAAAACAAACUACUCAGAUAAAAAGAGGCAAAUUCAGAGAAAGAAGCCACUGACUGAUAGAGCAGCCGCCAAAAUGUCCAGCUAAACCACUCACGUGUUUUUGUUGUUUUAGUUGUCGUUGUUGAUUUUCUUGAAGCAUUUGUCGUGACGUAAGAAAAUCAAUUCAUAAUCUGUACGAAGCGACGGCAUGGCAUAAACAGUCAGUCAUUUCAAGGGCUUCAAAGUGGCAAUGAAAGACCAGCCAAGUUAAAAACUUUGAAGAAGUUUUUGAGCCUUUCGUUAGUGAGGUAAGAGAUGAGUACCUUUUAUGUUCUCUUGAGUAAAUUUGGAACUAUUGACCCAAAUUGUCGACCUGUCUUUAUAAGCUCUCCAAAUCUUAGUCGUCAGCCAGUGCUUUACUGGCACUAGAGAUAAGACUUUUCGUUACCACUGGAAGAUUGGAAAAGAAGUAGCUAUCCGAGAAAACGCGCUGAUUUCUUAUACAAUUACAGAUACAGAGAAACUUUAUCAUCCAAAGAGCACCCCUCGUGGCACAUAUGUAAUAUAAGUAACAGAGGUAAAAAAAAGUUAUUUCUUAGUACUUGGAUAUUGUAUGUUUAAUUUUUCAAAGAAGAUAAGAGUCUCGGGCGUCAGUUAUAUGAAGUGAUAUCAUUCUGCAAGAUUUUCUUUGAGGCGCCUUUCCCUUUCGCGCUUUCAAUCCCUCAUGCAUUUGGCUACCUUUUCCCCUCUUUCUCUUUGCUUCGUGCUUAUUAACGUAAAGAGGGCGGUGCAUGGAGCUGUAGAACAAUUUUAUUGUAGGGUUCCUAUAGACCAAGCAGUUUAUCAAAAAAUUCUCUUCGUCCUCAGUCUUUGUUUUGCUUAAGGGGCUAUAAUAAGAUUCUUCGGUGUUGCGUUUGGUAGGGUUUGCUGUACCGCCCAUUUUCAUAAGCUAAUUUAUGGUUGCUAAGUCUCAGUUUUAUGACUCUCUAGUCUCAGUUUCUGAUUCCUAUUUAUAUUUCUCUGUGUGUUAUUCUUAUGUAUCUUUACCAUUUGAGUCGGGCACAAAAGAACGAAUAAGCCCCCCUCGCACCCCCCAACUAAGCCGACCGGUCACGGUUAAGUGUUUACUUCAUUUAGGUAACUGAAAGCUAAACUUCUUGGCUCUUAAUUGUGUUUAUGCCUUCAAAACGUUUAUUUAGUAAUAGCAGUAUAAAUACUUUUAGUGCAGUUUCUAGAAUUAGCCCUUAAGCUUAAUUCCCUGCAGCCAUCACAUAUCCUCCUAUUUAGGUUCAUUUUUACUAACUUGUAAAAACCAAACUUUCCUUUUUUCACGAAGCUCAAACAGCUUUUUAUUUUUUUUUUGUCUUCCUAAUCAUAAACAGGACCUUCUUUAAAAAGUUAGCAAAUCAUUCGAUAUACCGCUGAACUUCUUUUCAGCGCCCCACAAUGAAGCGAACACUUCAGCGGCUGAACAAAUGUCGUCUAUUAAGGCGGUUUGACUUUUUCUUGAAGGUUGGUUCCAGCACCAGUUUUACGAUGUGUCCUGUUGAAAUGGCGCGUCUUUCUUCGGUGUUGUAAUUUCAAAGUCACUGUUCACAUUAGUCUUUUUAGUUCCUUUUUUAUGUCCCUUUUGAAAGGCGCAUAAGGGUUCACAGCGGAGUUAAGAAUUAACUCAGGGAUAUUAUAUGUGUUAUCUGAACAUCUUUGAUUCAAAAUGCUUAUGAAAACACAGCGUAUGUUAAUGACAAUGUAAGAAAGAAACCUGAUACAAUUGUCUUUUUAACCUAGGUUGAUUCUCAAUUUCCUUUGUCUCCUAGCCCUAAUUCAUGAACAAUUAGGGUUAGAUUACUGAUUGAAAAGUCCAUAUUGACUUAAAGCUACAACUUUCAAUUUAACGAAUCAGGCAAUUCAUGUCUCUUGGCUCAUUUAAUCAACGAAUUCUGUUUUUGGCAAUUGAAGACGGACUAUAUUUUAAAAUAUAUUACACUAUUACACUAUUCAACAGCGUUUAUGGCGCCGAUGCGAAAGUUAAGCAGUAAAACCUAGAACAACACGACGCACGGACGCCUUGGUUGUGCUUACAUUUGAAAUUUCAAAUGUUUUCGCUCAAAGCAUUUUGUAUUUGAGAUGAGACUCUCUCGCCCGGGGAACUUAUACUUUCUUGUUGUCGCACUCAAAUAGCAUGGUCAACAUUUCACCUGUCACACGUAUUUACCGAUCUUAAAGUUUACGACAAUAAUUUUGAAAUCGCACGUCAGGUUCAUUCCUUUAAACUUCGUUAAAUUAGCUUCUGAGUUCUCGAGUUCUUUAUUUGCAAACGUGGAGAAAUAUAGCAGUCCUGAUUUGGUUAACUUCAGCAUCUAUAAGUAACUUUGGUUGAGAGUGUCAAGAAGGAACGUACAGCAGGCUGGAAAAAAGUUUAUUUUCGUCACUGAAAAACCGCACUCGGCCGCAGAAAAGGUUCUUAGGAUCCAAUAGUUUCGUAAACUGCGCUUGGUCUUGGUUAAUCUUCGUUUAAGUGUCGACCGAUUGUUUUUAGAUUACAGAAGUGGAUUCAGUUCGAAGUAUAUAGGAAGGAAUUGCUUUGGAGGACAAGGGCAAAAAAUAUAUAUUCAGGAAUCGAACUGAUUACAUUAAAACCGCCAUUUCUUUUUUUACCAACCAAUUACAUUUAUAAAAUAACUAAGGUAGCACGCGCGCUCUGAUUGGCCGAGAGGUGUGUUUGCAUGAGAGUAUGUAAACAUGGCUGUGACGUCAAGAUGUUUUGCCUUUUGCGCGCUAAUCACGCAAGCACGAAUUUGCAAAAGUUUUUGAGUUGAAAACUCGACAAGAGUUCUUUACUAGGGAGCUUAAGCAACUACGACGACGACCACAAUGACGACUUCAAAAAAACCAGUAGGUUUAAUGAUCAAAACAACAGCUCUGCACGUGCAUCACGCUUUUUAGUACAUUUCUUUGACGUCCACUCCACGACUACGACGUGAAACCUCCUAAUUUGACGUUUUAUGGACGUGGACACACGACGACGAAUUUUCCUUCCUCUUUUUGAGCCUGCAUAAUAUCCUUAAGAAUUCAACUUCAGAAAAGUCGCCUGCAUUUGACAUAUUGAGAGGGUCCAAAUAGACGCGAUUAAGUCUGAAAGAACGCAAAUUCAUUUUUUUAUCGACUUUUUCAGUGCCGUUGUCGUCGUCCUUACUUAAGGUCCCUAUUUACCCAUUCCCUCGUUGGCCUAAACUUGGAAAAUCUUUACAAACUUUCCGUGUCAUUUUAAGCGAGAAAAAUCCGUAUUUUAGAAGGCAUCUUUUUUGCAAAACAAGAACUGAUUACGCGGGCAAGACUUCUCUUUUACGCGGUUCCAUAACAAAGAGUUUUGCGUUUUUUCUCGGGAAAGUUAAUUUAUAAAAGCAAUAGAAAUGUUUUUCCUGUAUUUGCAUAACUGUCGAGAAUUUUCCCAACCCCUCAAGUGUUUCUAUCAGGCUAUGCGAACAUGAAAAACGUUUUCUACUGCUUAAAUCUUCAAAAAUUUUCUACCCCCACUUAUUCGAUAUCAGUCUGCAUUUUGUUUGACCUUUACUACUGCAGCAAGGGUUCCCAGUUCUUUAUUAUUUUUGUUUUAGAGAAUUUACAAGGCUAAAACCUUUGCAGAGAAAUAAAACACAUCAUGUCUUUUCAGAACUAAAGGUAUAAGAAUGAAAUACGUCCACUCUUCGAAUAAAGUCGCUUAUUUUCGCUCGCUUUGUGUCUCAUUAGGAUAUUAAUAGCGAAAUUUAAUGAUACAAAAUUAUCAAAAAUUGCAUAAAAAAGGGAAGGCAAGUGAAAUCUUUUUCUUUAGUGGAGCUUGCUAUAGCACAGUAAGUCUCUAAAAGUGCAACCGCUUUUUUUUCGUCGGUCCGUCGCGAAAAGGGGGUAAGCUCCCAGGCGUUCUUAACGGAGACAGUGGAAACUGGGGAUAAGAAUCGUGACGACUUUCAUUGUAUGCAAAUGAGUCUUGUGAUGAGCAUGCGAUUUAUUUUCGACAUUGACUGAUAUGACGCAUGUAAGUUGAACACGUUUUGGUAAUGAUGUAAUUUUCCCCGAAUCGAGAGGCCCUUGAUUUUCGUGUAAUUAUGCACGUGUAUUAAAAAGUAAAUACCCCGAGCAGGGUGAGAAAAUAUUAUUGCAGUGUAUUGAAGCGUUACGUUUCUCAGAAUAUUGUGGCAAUUACUGGAACUCUACGGUUAAAUCGAUUCACUUUGUUGUAGUUGUUAAGAUGUGAAAUUGCGUUGCUCUAUAUAAAUCCUUGAGAUAUCAAUGAUUUUUAACCUUCGAGUACUACUGGAAGCAACUUCAACUACGUCUGACGUUACGUUUGUGUCAUUGGUGUGGUCAUACGGGUAGCUUUGUACUUGAUUAUCACACACUCUACUUGCGGCAUUUCAUGUCCACAGAAUAGAAAUCCCAUAUCGAGCUUUUCCGGAACGGGUCGGUCCACGAAUUCUAUCACUUGAAAGCGUUGAUUACUUUGGAACAAUUGAUUACUUCAGUUGUCGAAAAAAUGAACAAUCUUAAUGAGCAAAACUUAAUAAACUUAUAACUCAAUAAAUAGAUCGUGGUGAUGUGGGCCGCAGACUGUAGAUAAAUUUCACAAAACAUAACCCCGUCUCUGUACUGAGCACUAAAUUUCAGUAAACUACUCUGAGUCUGAGUGAGUCAGUGAUUGUUUUGACGAGAAAGUGAAAUUUUCCUGGAAAAUGAAACGCUUUAUCCUAGUGAUACUGUAAUAAAAUGCACGCUGUGUACAGCUCUAAACAUUGUACUCUGAGAUCGCGUAAACAUCAACUGUACGAAGAUACUAAAAGCAGGUACUAAGCAGCCAUGGAAAAUGUAAUUACUUUCACGCAAUUUUGCUAGAGCAAGGGAUGGCGCAGUGGUGUCACCGCUCGUCUCCCUCCAAUGUGGCCCGGGUUCAAAAUCCCGGCGUCGGCGCCAUAUGUGGGUUGAGUUUGUUGUUGGUUCUCUCCUUUGCUCCGAGAGGUUUUUCUCCGGGUACUCCGGUUUUCCCCUCUACUCUAAAACCAACAUUUCUAAAUUCCAAUUCGACCCGGAAUCAGGAAGACGAAGAACCUCUUUGUGGAGGUGCUACCUCCAAAUCAUUAUUGUUAUUAUUUUAUUAUUGUAUCUUAAAAAACGGACAACAAAUUCAACAGGAAUACGUGAAAACUGAAUUAAGUGUCUGUUGUAUAAGGUUCUGCUAUACUUACACAUUUUUCUUGUGCUGAACAAAAACUGUACCGAGCCGUAUCUUGUUCGCUACGUAGAAGCUCUAUAUAUUUAUACUCAAAUAAAAAUCAUCCUUCAAUUUUUGAGUGUAAAUCCCUCAAAGAGUUCUCCUCACUGGAGCAAUAUCAAUAUGCAGAAGGUUUUCAAAAGGAGGUACACUGUAUUUAUGUUUAACUUGUAAGUAGAAUCCCUCAAAAGGAGUUUGGCAUCUCUCAGAAGGAGGUACACUGUAUUUAUGUUUAACUUGUAAAUAGAAUCCCUGAAAAAGAGUUUGACAUCCCUUAGAGGGAGGUGUUUGUGUUGAACUCGUAAAUGGAAUCCCGGGCCCAGAGGGAUUUUGAUAUUACAGGAUUUUUGUAUCCCUUAUGAAAAUCUCUCAAAUGGAGAUGUCUUUUGCUGAGAUAUGGUUUCAAAAUUAAGUAAGGCUGUGGUCUAAUAAAAGUGAAAGGGUGCCCGAUGAGCUGAAGCUGUGAAAUCUAGGUUGCCCAGUAAAGAAUUUCUGUGAAGAAAAUAAUAUUUUCUUGUCACUCACCAACAAAAGUUUGGCACCAUGGGCCACCGGGCACUGCUAGAGCACAGCUUUGUAUUCUAUAAGUUAUUUCCACUUUUUUAUUGUCUGUUUGACGCUACUAUGCACUACAGCAUGCAAGUAGACAAUUCAUUAUAAAUAUAUACUGUAGUUUGAAAGUCCAUGGUACUCAGUGCAUGUAUAGAGCUGCAACUGAGCAUUUAAGCUUUCAGUACUUAAGCUUAAUUAAAGAUUAAAGGCCAAAAAGGUGCACAAUAAAACAGCUAUAUUGGAGUUUUGUUAGGCAAGUUCUUGGUAGAUAUGUUACAGGUCAAAAUGAAAUUCAGGUUAAACUUUUUUAACCUAGAUUGAUUCUUUGUCUCCUAGCCCUAAUUUUUAUGAUUCUGAUUGCUAUAAUUCUAUUGAGAAUCAAUAAUCUUGACCUAUGACAAAUACAUGUAAAUCCUUAAAUAUAUGCAAUUUAGCCACGUUGACGUACAUUCCAUUUACAAGUUAUACAUAAAUACAGUAUACCUCUUUUUGAGAGAUGCCAAACUCCUUUUGAGGAAUGCCAUUAGUUUACAAGUUAUACAUAUAUGAAGUGUACCUCCUUCUAAGAGACGCCAAACUUGUCAUGAGGGAUUCCAUUUACAAGUUAUACAUAAAUACAGUGUACCUCCUUCUGAGGGAUACCAAACUCCCUCUGAGGGAUGCCAACGUCCUUCUGAGGGAUUCCGUGUAAGCAAUUCUGAGGUGUAUGCUCCCUUACGCACUUAUUAUCGAACAAUUCCUCAUUUUUAAGGAACAGAGGAGUUUAAAGUAAUCUCAUAUACAUUUCCCUUGCCGUUCGAAGUUCUUUAUCGUAAAUUCUGCUAGUCCGACGACGUAAGUUGAUCGCGAGAUGCGCCGCCAUAUUGUCCCACCAGCCGAAGAUCGCCGAAGCAACUGUCGUUUCUGGUCGUCCUCGAUCACCUCCUUCUGAGAGCCACGACCUUUAGUAUUCUAUUUUAAUAAACUCCAACUAGUGGUCUAUUAUCAAUGCUGCGCUCUGAUUGGUUAAGCUACUACUAGGUUAUAUGUUAUAGCCCACUAGUAGCGAAAAGCGCCGGCUUUGAAAACCAAAACAGUGGCGGCUGAAUCGCGUUUUGCUAGCUAAAGUUGUUUUGUCUCGAUAUUGUUUGCCAACUAGUUGGAUUUUACUAAAACAAUUAUUCCUCUCACCCACAUGGGCUAUUGACUCAGAGCCCAUUCGGGCUCAAGGAAUAAUUGUUAAAUACACCAAUCAACUUCACGUACAGUCUACAUUCUUGUCAACGUAAGAAAAAAGCACAAUCGCCAAAGAAUUUAACCUUGAUCGAGGUAUCAGUGACAAGCUCAUGCCUCCUAAAACUGAGAAUUGUAAGUAAAUUGAUGGAACAAUUUUUCUCGAAUCACUAGAUAAGAUAUGCUUCUUGUAAAACUAUCAACAAAUCGAAUACCUCAAGUAAAUCGAAUUUUUAACAGAUAAAUCCCUCAAACGGACAGCCAUAGUUGAUACCUGGUACCAUAUGCAUGUUGAACAUAAGUUUGAUAAAACGUCUGAAGAUAUUACCAUGUUGUGUUAAUAUUAAUUUUGUAAACUGAAAGAAUAGUGCAAACGUGGGAGCAAACCCCAUUUACAUUGUAAUAGUACUGGUCGAAGUAAUCUCUAGAAGACAUAAGAAGCUUUUUAGAAUAGCUUAAUGUUUUCAUUAAUUCAUUUUUGUCAACAUACUCCGUUAAGAUAAAAAUUGAUCUUUUUGCUUGUUACUGAGCGAAAAACAAGCAAGCAGGCAAACAAAUACGACCUUCUCAUUAGCAAAGAAGGUUUUCGAUCAAAACUAUGGGUCGAUAUGCUUUUUCAUAUAUUUCGGCAAACUGCUGCUGUUGUCCUUGUCAAUUUUGUCGUCUUCGGUUUGGUUGUUUUUCUUCAUUGUAACUAUAUCUCAACUUAAAUUAUAUGCUACAAAGUUUAAAUUCUGUGCAUUAAAAAAAUUACCCGUUAACAUAUGCGUUUUAUUUACUAUUAAAAGGGGAUCAGUUCACUGUCAAUUAUGUCUGAAAAGAGCUUUGGUUGUCUUUUUUUCUUCGCUGACCCUUAUUUAAUAAAAGCAAAACGUAAUGGGGCUAAAGUAAUAUGGAGAAAUGAGAAAAUUUCAUUACUGGUCGAUAGGUUUAAAUGGAAUAUCCACGAUAAGUAGUUUGAUUGACAAAUCGGCGCCUCAUUUUACGGUUGGAACUACUUGUUUACUUUAUUUUUCUUUUAAUUGCCUCACUUGACACACAAUAUAUUAUAUGUAUUAUAUUUCUUAUGUCCUGAGCCCAAGCUUAUUACCAGGCAGCUGUUAGAACAAUACGGUGGCUGAAUUAACAUAACUGACAUGUACUUUAAAUAAAAAUAUUUUUGAAUUUUUGGCUGCUUCUUUCUACUCUGGCUUUUAUUGAAGAUGGAUUGCUUAUUUUCCUUUGGUGCAACAAAGAUAAGCUUUAUAUCCCCCGGUUUGGGUUCAAUAAAGUAAAACCACAAUUAGCGUAUUUGCUUUCCCAGUCGGCGAUAAGCCGGGGGGCCUUCUUUUACAUCUCUUGCCAUAUUCCAUAUGCUAUGCUUAACAUAAUUAGUCAGGACCAGAUGGUUCUAUAUUUUAUCAGUUGAAUGAGCUAAUAUAGCGGCACUGAAGUUUUUUGUUUUGCGCUAAAAUGAAAACGUGGUUUUGGGUUUUCGGCUGGUUUCUUUCGAUUCUGACGAUAACUGGAAAUGGAUUCAUUAUCUUCCUUGUGUGCAAAAAACGACAACUCCGCACAAAAACCAACGCGUUUGUGGUUUCACUUGCAGUUGCAGACCUCUUUGUCGGGAUAACUGUGUUUCCUGUGCUGUUUUCUCUCGAGAUGACAAGAGAUAGAAGCUAUUCGCAAGAGUUAUAUAAAGGGAUGUUGAUUGUACGCUGGUUGUUUCAAGACACCUCUGUGGUGAACCUUUGUAGUCUAGUACUGGAGCGCUAUUUUGCCAUCGUGAUGCCUUUCAAAUACGUGACUUUUAUGACUCGUCAGCGAGUUGUACAAUUAAUCUUCAGUCCUUGGGCAUUAACAAUUAUUUUUAUUUUGCUUGAAGCGUCACUCUGGAUCGGUUUAAAUUCAUUUUUUAUCUUGAAGAUUUUUAUUUGGCCUGCUAUUAUUUUCUUCCUGUUUCUUCCAUCGUGUAUGGUCAGUUUCUGCUUAAUAUCCAUGCUCUGUAUCGUGUAUAAACACAAUCGAGCAUCGAGAAUCUUAACUCGACAGUUACGUUUCAACCACCGUGUUUCACAUAAACCCUAUGAGAAGUCCCCAACUGUAAUGAUGGUAAUUGUCUCAAGCUUCUUUCUUGUUCACAGUGUUGUUAAUAUACGCUGUGCUUUUUUAAGAAUUUUAACCCAAGCUGAAGACUGUUAUGAUCUCGAUUAUAAAAUACCUCUGUUAGUUUUAAAUUCCGCUGUUAACCCUUUGGCUUAUGCCGUGUUCAAAAGGGACAUAAAAAAGGAAUUGAAAAGACAGAUCUGCACAGUGAUUUUAAAAAAUGAACACCGAAGGAAGACGCUCCAUUUCAAUAGGACAAAUCGUAUCACUGCAUCUAGCACGAACUUGUAAGAAACGUUUAACCCUUCUUAAUAGGGAAACCAAAUAGACGGGUAAGUGUUUAGAGGGCUGUUUUCUUCGGGGAAAAAAGCCAUCAGGAGAGGUGUCGUAAAUUUGGAUGCUUCCGUGAGGUCCGCCAGACGAAUAUUCUUAUUCCAUCAAAGAUUACUUUUCAUUCGAAAAUGUCUAUUUCUUGAUAUUAUUAAUUGUGUCUUUCUCUCUCCGCCGAAAACCAAAUCCAUAAAUGCUGCUCUUGCCUGAGCUCUAUUUACUGCGAAAUAGAAAUAAACACACUGAAGUUGGGAGCAAUAUGCGGGCUAUGGAAUAUGAAACAAACAAAGCAUGAAUGAAUUCUGUUAUAAUAUGUUCGCCUAGCAAAGGUGCGGCUCAAGAAAAAUGCCCAAAGCAAAGACACCGAAGGUGCAUUGCUGCCCCACACCAGGCAAGAGCAGAAGCAAGGAGAAAUGCAUAGGAGGAUCCUAAGACAACAAGCUAUUAAUGCUAAUCAGCUCCACUAAAAAAGAAAUCCUAUGUUAUUUAUAGAUGGUAUACCAGCCGCCCUUGCAAGUACAGCACACCCAAAAUGAAUUACGUUAAUCAUACCACUAAGACAGGGUUUGCACAGUCUUGGAAAGUACUUGAAUGUUACGGGAAGUCCUUGAAAAGUCCUUAAAUUUCUGUGUAAAUCCUUGAAUUUUCUUCAACUUUGAAUGCAGUAGCCUGGAAAGAGUUUUUGAUACUUUUUGCUUGUCCGAGACAGAAUAUAAAUCAUAGCUCAGAGAAUUUAAAGGUUAUUUACAUAGUGCUCUAUGUAAAAAAUGUGAAAAAUGCAGAGAAGUUGGUGAAGCAAACAGUUAAAGCCUUUAAGUCUUAUUAGAAUGGACUGGAAAUGUGCAUUUUUGUACAAAUUAUAUUCCUAGUAAGUGGUCCUUGAAAAGUCCUUGAAAAAUGGUUGCAAGUUUUUGUAUGAACCCUGUAAGUCUGCCUUGUGGGUAGAUGAACCCGAAUCAUUAGAUCGGUCACGACAAAAAUGAAAACUAACUUCUGAAAAAGCUGCCCAUGCAAACUAAGUCGGCAAUUUAAAGAAACUAAAUUGCAGCAGCCACACCAAGGGAUACAAGAUGGUAAGAAUUGCCAUUUGCCAGAUGAAUCCUUGGCAAUAAGAGAAAAUGAGAUUAAUAGAGUGAGAAACAACAAGGUGGGGCAGCCGCCCAUGCCAACUGACCCUCUUUGUCAGUAAAUAUGAUGACCCGCAUUAUUUGUUCAGGAACUGAGACUGGCAACCCUGAUAUUGCGCAGAAAGGCAUUGGACUUCCAGCGUCCUAACAUUCUGAUCUAAGUAUCAGAACAUCCCCGAUCUGCUGCAUAUGAAGCCGCACCAAGUCCAAAACUAUGACGUUUAUAGCGGGAAGGGUCUAAGCCACACAAGUGACAAACCCUUAGAGGCUGGUUGGAGAAAACUGAUAAUAAAACAGGCAACCCAUCCUCUGAAAGGAAAAUGGCCCCUUGUCUUGAGCCCCAUAAGGUUAAAUACUUGGACAACAAUGCAACUGGACAGUUGGGCUGCCGGGAAAGAACCACGGAAAGGGGGGCGUGCAUUGUAGCUUUGCUUAAAAUCCCCAAAGGUGAGUUUAAAAGCCAUCAAUUCCCUAGACGGUGAAAUCAAUUUUGUGAGCUUUACUAUUAAACUUAGCAGUCAUUUCUUCCAUACACAAAAAGACAUAAAAGGCCAAAGAGCACAUAGCCUGUAACUGACUCAUUCGGCAGGUUGACUCCUGUAAAGAUGGAGCUAUCGUUAAUAGCCGGUCCAAAGUAGGAAGUCUAAUAGGAAGGCGGCUAUCCAAACAAAAGCCCACCUCAUUAAACUUUGGACGGAUCAGGGAAACCUAAAAGCGUAUGAGAAUAUCCCAAGGCAGAAAUGUAUGUUGUCACAGUAGAUGGCGCAUUGUGGAAAUUGAAUAUAUAUGCCAUUAACAGAGCCAGUGGUGAUGGGAAAACGGGAAGAAAGCUAAAGGGUAAGUGAAAAACUGAAUUGUGAAAGUUAUAAAAAGCUUCCAAGCACGCCGAUAGGUGAGAAUGGAGGACGGUUGCAGGCUAGAACGCAGAUGAAAGUAGGUCCCUGACGCCAACUUAGGUGCAAGAGAUGAAGAGAUUAUUGAAAAUUAAUUCUAGGAACGAUGCCCAAUGUACAAGAAGUGGUCCUAAAAUAGAUCGCCAUGGGAAACCAAAUUUACGAGUUUCGGUUGAAGAUAUUACUUUGUUUACGCAUUUUGAAAGAUGAUGCACCUAGGAAUAUUGCUACUCUCUCUCUCUCUCUCUCUCUGGGUGGGUUGCUUAUCUAUCGCAUGGCUAACCCAAGCAGUAGAGACAUUUAGCCCCGGCUUUUCCACUUUUCCGGUUGAUUUUGAAAGUAAUCGAUGAAGUUGACCCACCGAAAUCAUCGGCAGAUUUUCAGGAACUCUCUCUUAGCGUUGAAUCCACUCCCCUUACCUUAACCUUGAAAAUCUUUCUGGGAAUUAGUGCACUCUCCGAUCAGACGAGAAAAAAAAGCUAUGCACCAAUUCUUGCAUCAUUCAUUUAGCGUUUUAUCUUAAAAGAAAGGCUUUCUUUACUGAAAUAUAUGGCGUUUUGCCUAUCAUUGUCUAGUAUCGAGUACCCAGUAAAUUUCUGCCUUUUUGAAUGAUUAAAAGGAUUUUAUUACAUUUAUAUGAUAUACACUGGUCAUUUAAUUUUUAAUUAAGAAUAAUUCAAGAAUAUUCAGCCUGCUCUGGAAAAACAGCAUUCUUACAUAUAAAAAAGUGUAGCAAGUUUACGCUCACCAUCGUAAAAGAAAAGUGGAAAAUGUUUAAAAAAUUAAAUGCAGCGUCCACAGUUAGCCCUCAAGCUGAAUGCCUUGCAGCUAAAACAAUGCAUGCUUUCUGCUUAGCCUUAUUGCUUCUUCGCUUGUUAAGUACUUUUAAGUAGUACAGACGGUCACUUCAACUUUUGGUUUUUCGUAAGUAUCAUUCAAUUGUGCUUCAUUUUGAACUGUUCCAUUCCAUCGAUGUAUCUUACUUCGGUGGUGUUUUGUCAAUUUGUACAUCAGUUUGGUAAUCUCCUUUUUUAUGUCCCUUUUGAAAAAAGCAUAAGCCAACGGAUUAACGGCAGAGUUGCAAACAAACGUAGGUAUCUUGUAUGUCGAAUCUAAACACCAUUUGUUCAAAAUAUACAAAACGCCACAGCGUAUAUUAAGACUGUUGUAAGCAAGAAAGAAGCUUGAUACGAUUGUCAUCAAUAUUACCCCGGACUUCUCAUAAGGUUUAUACGAAACGCGGUGGUUGAAACGUAACUGUCGAGUUAAAAUAUCGGCUGCUCGAUUGUGUUUAUAUGCAACACGGAACAUGGAAAUUAGACAGAAGAUAAUCACGCAGCAUGGGAGAAACUCAUAAAAAAGAAUAACAAACCAAAUAAAUAUUUUCAGUAUGGUGGUUGAAUUUAAACCUAUCCAAAGUGACGAUUCUAGUAAAAUAAAACUGACAGUUAUUGUCCAAGGCACAAAAAUCAUUUGGACAACUCGCCGGCGAGUCAUCAGAGUCACAUAUUUGAAAGGCUUCACGAUGGCAAUAUAGCGCUCCAGUACUAAACUACACAGGCACACCACAGAGGCAUCUUGAAACAACCAGCGUACAAUCAAUUCAGCCCUUUUUAAAUCUUGCGAAUAGCUGCGAUCUCUUGUCACCUCGUAUGAAAAGAGCAAAGGAACAGCAGUUAUCCCAAUGAAGAGGUCCGCCACUGCAAGUGAAACCACAAACGCGUUGGUUUUUGUACGAAGUUGUCGUUUUUUGCACACAAGGAAUAUAAUAAAUCCAUUUCCAGUUAUUGUCAGAAUGGACAGAAACCAGCCAAGAACCCAAAACCAAGACUCCAUUUUUCAGUUAAAAAUUUUAGGUUAUUUAUCUCCGUUAUAUUAUUGCAAGUGACGACAUAAUUAAAAUUGUCCAAUCAUCUGUUUUGGACUUAUUGACUUGUUUGCUAUUGUAAUUUGAAUACGUGAGAGUCUUGUCUUAUGCUCAUAACGUAAGGAGAGAUUAAGGCAACAGGCAAUCUUGAGAUUUAAUUGGACAUUUAUUCAAUUUGAUCAGAUAAAAACUGAGCAAAUCAAGUCUCAUGGAUCAAGCCAAACAUGCUUAGUUAUCAUGACAAACGACAAGUAAUGGGAAAACUUGGUAACGUGGUGCAGAUUGAAGUUUGCUGUUUGCCUUGAACGUGAUUUUAAAUCUCUCUUGUGACGCAAGAAUAACAAAACAGAACUUCCGGCUCAAGUAAAGAGGCACGUUUGAUGGGUAUUGCAAGCUGAGCCUGCGUGAGAGAUAUUCGUAGACGUGUUCCCUUAAGGCGUCUUACAUGCAGCCGAGAAUAUUUAUUACUAUGAAAUUUACUCCAUCAAUUCUGCUGAUAACAGCAAAAUGUUGUGUUUUAUUACCCCACCGACCAACACCACAUUGAAUCUUACGCAUUGUUAUCACCUUGGUGAUUAGAAAAAAUGCACGAAUGCUUGAUGCAGUGGUUUCAAUAAAAAAAAUGUCAUUCCAAUAAAAUAUAUAUAUAUAAACAAAAAGGCAAAAAUAACAAGAAAUAAAAAAAUUAACAACAGCAGCGACAAAAAAUAAAAAUCUUCAUCUUUAUUGAUCGUCAUCAUUAAGGGUGACAGCACGGCUAUCUGCCGAUAUGUUAAACAGCUGAAAACAGCUGCCCUGUGCUGAACAUAUUCCAUCUGCAAGGAAUACAACGGUUUCAUGCUUUCUAUCGGGAAUAAGAAAUAUUCAGAAAGAAAGAAUGAGAAGAACAUUCUCGCCUGAUUUACUGUAUUUGCAAUUUUCCGUUACUUGAACAUAUGCCUUACUUCGCUGUCACGUGCGCUUUUUCUUUUUGUGCCCGCAAAUUUGCAAGACAUUAACACUGAAACGUUCUCAUGAGAUGAGAAUGAGAUGAGAUGGUCCCUGCUUUAGUGAUUUUAGUGCGACUUUUUACUACUUUCGACGAAACAGUUCUGAAUUUGAUUAAAAAGUUAGGUUUUAUCGGCUUUUAAUACCACGAUAUGAAAGGUAACAUUAAGGAAAAGACGAUAAAACUCAGUAACAGAAUCCUUUUUAGCGGAAUACAUCGUUUAUUCCUUUUCUUUGUGACAUAGGUUGGGGUUCGACAAUCUUCUAAUUGAGUCAGUCCUUGUUUUAAAAGAGUAGAAGGUAGCACAGAUGAUUAGGUAAAGUUACGAAAUAGUCAGUUUGAAAUAUGGUGCAGUAUUUUAACAGUGUGAAUUUCUUGUUCCUUUCCUUUUGCGUAAUAACAUAUUACGUAUCUACCAUAAAACUCCUUUCAAUCAGUACUAUACUUGGUAAAUUACAAAAAGAGUCGCAUUGCUAGCGUUAGUAUCAAUUACCUAAUGCGGGUCAUCGCUCUUGGGGUUCUCCUAAAGAACUGAAAAAUUAAUAUAAAUCAUUUAGCAGUGUUCUUUAGCCAUUAAGUGGCGGCAAUGUGCCGCGUCUUUAGCUGCCCGAAUAUUGUUGUCUCUGUUUUGAAAUUGCAAAUAGCAGUCGUAAACGCACGAAAAUUAUAAUUGCAAAAAGAAGGUCAACGAGGUUUAGCGAUUUUCUGUAAUCAGCCAAAUCGAACAAAUUUGUGGUAGCUCUAAGGUAAUGGUAAAAUUUUAUAUUGAGAAAAAAAAAGCUAAUGUUAACGCAUCGGCUAUAGAAGGUUAUUUGGCUGCAUUUGGUAAGGAUAGAAUGGAUAAAAAGAAAUCUGCCGUUUACUUGCAUGCUUUUCGUUUGUUACUGGCUCUUUUUUGAUAUCAAUUUUGGCCAUGAUCUUGUUUAUUUCAAACAUUAAUUAUCUUUUAAAAUAGGGAACUUCAGUAAGCGACCAGGACGACAACAGCAAAGAAAACCUCACAAAUAAAAUUUAAUGAAUUCUUUCAAACUUCGUCGCGUUUAUUCUGACUGGCUCAUUUUGUCAGUUUUAAUAGGUGAAUUUUUCCUGGAUUUGAAUUCUAAUUUUGGGAAUGCGUACGAAAAAUUCGUUGGUAUGUGAAAAUCAAAUUUUACCUUUUUCGUCCCAUUUUUAUGCUUUGAUAUGGUCCUUAGAAUUAAAUGCCGGGGUAGAUUGGCGACAUUUGACAAAUUUGACAAAUUGAAAUGUAUAUCGCGAUGAAGUUUGACAGGCCGCAAAUUCACUGUAAAAGUGACGUCAACGUCACUGUCGCGAGUCCAGAGCGAGUAAAUAAGGAAGUUUUUAAAGUUAUAAAACAGUACUCCCCUUUUUUAUGUCAGGGAUUACACUGAGUGUUCUUCACGGGAUAAAAGUCACCAGAAAGACACUUGGCGGUUGAUUACGCUGUAUUUGGACAACACACAAGAUGUGUUUGAGCACAAAAACAAACAGGACCUUUCAGAGGGUAGUCUAUUGGGUAAGGAAUCAAUUUUACUUUACUAUUGCGUUUCACUCGUCACAUAGGACGGAAAUGAGCAGAUAAGCAGGGUAAAGCUUAUGUCGUUGUGUUUGUUUGUGUUUACAGUGAUCUAUAAUCUCUUACAAAAAUCUUGAAUUACUUGAAGUUAAAUUUAACACUGGCCUCGCUUCCUUCUCUCUCCCCCUUACCCCGGGCCAACUAAAAAUAGGUAGCUUACGCAACAACGACAGCGACGGUAACGAGAACGGCAAAACAGCCAUAGGUUUGGACUGGGAAAGCAACAACUUUGCAUCACGCUUUUUUGUACAUUUCUUGGCCGUCAAUGCACGACUACGACGUGAUAAUGCCACGAUUUUUCGAGGGCUGAACACAAGACAACAACUUUCCUUUUCUUUUCCUGAACUUUGAUGCAGUCCUUUGCAAUUCAACUCCAAAAAAAAAUUGCCAAAAUUUGACGACUUAAACGAGAUGGAAUAAGCGCGAAAAAGUUUGAGGCAGCGCGAAUUCACUUUUUAAGUGACGUUUUCGUAGCCGUUGCCGUCGUUGUUGCUUAAGCUCCCUAAUGUUUUUUUGGCCAUGCAUUUGUGGAAUUACAUAUAUUAGGUUUUUCAAAGGCUUAUGACGAGAAUUUCAGUAGAUAUUGUUGUUAUUGCAGUUAUACAGUAGGGUUUAUUGCGAAAUACCAGGUGCAAAGCAGACACACAAAACCCAAAAAAUAUAAGAAAGAAUACCGGGUAUAGUUACCAGCAAAAUGACAGAACUAUUUGUGAAACGGUUAGCGUUGUUGAUGGGUUACGAUGACUGAGCAAAGCACAGCCUCAUAUUUCCAAACUCAAUUGAUGGCAAAAACUGUGGUGUUGUGUGCUUAUUUUGUGUCUGAUUUCUUGUUAUUUUGUUUUGUUUAGUGGCUAUUUCCUUUUUGAAGAUAAAGGAAGUAGUCUGAACAGAUCAUGUUGGUUUUGCUCCACACCUUAUCUUCUUUAAAGUAAUCAGCUUUUUGGAUACUGGUUUUAGGCUCUUUCUUAAUGAUUUAAGCCCCUUUUCGCGUGCGGUUCUAGCGUGACUUCUCGCGAAUCCCGCAAAUGGAGAGGUUGCUCGCAGGCUAAAAUAAUGUUUGAAAACGUACCCAUAUAAUAGCAUUCCCACUAUUUAAACAGUGCGCUGUAUUUUAUUAUCGCGAUAUCUGUUGCUCUAGCUAACUGUGCAUAGGGUUAGAAUCUUUAUUCUGUGUUUUCACUCGCGUGGCCAGCGUCUAUGCAAAUUUAUUGGAACAAAAGAAAGCGUUUACGUAAGAAAAGAGUUCAACUCCCACAGGACUGGUUUGGGACACAAACGUGGCCGCCGUUUCAUUGUUUUGGGACACAAAUAUGGCCGCCAUGCCGUCAUGUGAAAACACACAAUACCUUAUGAUCAUGGGGUAUAAAGAUUCUAACCCCACAGUUAGCUAGAGAAACAGAUACACAAUAGUCAUAAACAGAUAGUCAUAAAUCAGCUUAUCACUUUAGUUUCUAUUGGUUGUAAUUUCAGCUGACGGAUUUCAGUUCCUUUUCCGCUACUGUCGUGACAACGAACUACGAUACUUACUAAUGUUUGUGCAAACAACUCUCGCUUCAGUAACGUAAGUUGAACCAAAUUUUCUUGUUCGCUCAAAUUCAGCCACAAAUUUGUGGAAACCUCAUUAUGUUUGCAAUAUAUGUGGUGGUUUUUAUUUUUCUUUAGUCCUUUUUUUUUCUGGCGCAAAUUAUGUUUAUGGCUCUUAACAAAGAGAAAACAAACCUAAACUCGUUUACUCCAGUUCACCAAAGAACGCUUUGAACCACAAUUUGUCCAUAUAUUUUUCAACUAUUUUAAAAAUUACUCUCUGAAUUGCUUAAAAUAACCCUAGGUGGCUCGUUUCUCCCAUUUAACUUUAACUCUGUUGCGUUUGUUGAGUCACCAUUUCAUUUUAUCGCCAGUUUGAUUGUUAUGGUGAUGUCUAUUUCAUUUUCCUUUUCCAUUAUUAAGACAAAAUUCCAGAAGAAAAGCAGACUCAUCAGGUAAGUUAAUGUGAGGCUUUGUAGUAGUCUUUCACAUCAUUCUAAAAGAAGGAGUACUGUAAAAACCCGCGUAUAAGAACCUAGAUUUUAAGAGCCUGUUAGACUAAGAUUGUCCAUGUAGACCCCUUUUACAUAAGAACCUGCUUUAGCCUCCAUUUUUGAAACAGGUUCUUAUUUCGAGAAAUUCAGUCAAACACUGAUGAAUGCACAAAUUUGAUAUAACAUGCUCUACCAGUCAGUAAAAUGAAGAUAAAACCCUGGCAAGAAGACAAUUGACAUGUAGAUCUAUAUAACCUUGUACUUUGGUUCUGUUUAACUUGCAUAGCUUUGUAUAAAAUUCAUAAAUGGCUUUAACAUACUUGGUUUAAAGGGAGUUUUAUAACAUAUUAUGCACGCAAUACCAAAAAUAGGCCCAAUAAGGGCCACACCCACCAAUGACAAACACCUUAUUUAGUUUUAAAAAUAAGAACUUGUUGAAGAACCUGAGUGGCCUAAUUUUCCAGUUAGCACCAUUUUUAUAAGAAUCUUCUUAGCCUAGCUUGGAAAAACGUAGGUUCUUAUACGCGGGUUUUUACUGUAAAUUAACCGCGUAAAACAUUUCAGCUGAAAAGGCACUCUGAAAUAGACCCUAUCAGUUUUAAAAUUCGUUGGAAUUCUGUUGACCUUCUACAAUGAAGCGUUGGCUUAGAUAAUUGAACAAUUGUUGACAACAUUGCCGAAGAGGGAGAGGACGGGAUUAAUUUGAAACCGGACAAUGUUAUGUAGUUUUCCUCUGAUUAACUAAGUGUGUUUACUGUCACGUAAGGUUCUUUUUCUUACGUAUUGACCCUUUGGAUUCUAGGUUCAUUUUUGUAGACCUGUUGUGUCCUUGUAAACUGUUGUUUGUAAAGGAAAUCCGGUGCUGUAGGUUAUAUUCAAAGUAAGCUCCUUUGAUGGAUGUUUUGCGUGGAUCAGUUGUUUUUCUUGUCUGGUGCAAACGGACAUUUUGAAAAAAAAAGCAGUUUCAUGAGUUUCUUCCACUGGACAUUCGUUAUGAAUCGUCUAUUGCCAGACAGGGAAGACCAAAAGGGCUGUAAACGGAGACAUAAAACCAACGUGUGUUAGUAUAACACAGUUUUACAAUAACUAACCUCCUGUGAUACAUAGCAAUGUACUAUAUGACAUUGAAUGAUCAACCCAAAGUGAUUUCGUACUGAAGGUAUCACAGCACACCAUUUUCAGUGGCUAAUACUACUCAUCUCACAAGCUUCAUCUCUUUCCCUUAGACGCUGCCAGAGGCAUGUGGAAACACUUGUUUAGUCACGUGAGAAGCCUGGUGUAUGAUACACAGUGUAUCCAGACCUUGCCCAGUCCCUUGGCGGACACGCUUGCUGCUUUUACGCUCUCGGCCCUUGAAAGGUAACAUGUAGCCUAAAUUUCAGCCGUCCCUUAAUUCGAGUCGCAUCCUCACGAAAGGGAAGUCUGAAUCAACGAGCCUCUAAUGCCGUCCAGUGACGAUCAAGUAGUGAUUUUGAUUGGAUAAUUGGCCAAAUAUUCGCAUAGUUAUGUAUGAUUAUGAGUAAUUUGAGCGCGACUGUCAUUUCAUAUUCAGCGGAUCGCAGGCUUGCGUGGAAUGCAAAAUGUCGGCAAUCGAUAUCGUGAACAGCAAAAUAUCCCUCGUCUUCGAAAGUAUGACUUGUUAAAUUGAACGACGAAUGAAAAAUCAAUGCGGAAAGUAGGUAGGUUUUCAUUUAAAGCCGCUUUGUGGUUGCGGUAGUGAUUAACUUUAUGGGAAGCAUAACUUAUAAUCAGUGAUCGAACUAGCAAACUUUCGAACUUCCUGCCACUUCCACUGUCAAGUGUUAUUAUUCUCUAGAUUUUUGCUUUCUUGUUUUUUUUGCUUCCUUUUCUACGUUAAGGGCCAAAUAGCUUCUUUCAAAUUAAAGCUAAUUGAAGGAAGUGUCCCGUGUGUAUUUCAUUCUUGCGUGGCCGCGAUCGAGUUUGAUUGUUGAAUUAUAGGACCAUACAAGCACGAUUUGUUCAGAAUACUGCAUUUAGUUAACAGUUUGAAUGCCUAACAUUAAUUUCGAUUUACGAGUAAAACAAUUCUAUACCGGGUAGACAUUUCCGGGCGACAUUUCUUUCUUCGCCAGUUGAAAAUCGUGCUUUACUUUUUGCAUGAAUUAAAGUAAAGGAGACGGACGGCGUUAGCAGCUCGAUGAUUCAGACGUCCCUUUCGGGAGUUUGCGACUCGAGGGGACGGCUGAAAUUAAGGCUAGGUACAAAUAGGCAUGCAAUAAGACAUAUAAAGGUUUACUUUAUUAAGAUCCACCCUUAGGGGAAGUCAUCAAGUGACAUUCAUGAUCGAAACCCUAAUGAUUUUUCCUACCUAAAGUACGCUACUUGACGCUAGAAACUCAAGGCUUGAAGUUUGUAUGAAUUAGAAAAAAAAAGUCCCACGAAAUAGACAAAACAAAACAAAAUAAUAACGAAAGCUUGUCCGGUUUAUUAUUUAGUAGUUUUGUGUUGUAUUGUUUAAUGCUGUGGCUCCUUUAAUUCGAUUGCUUUUUAGUCACCCUGGAGAAGUAAAGGAGCUAGCGGGUGUGUCAUUCUCCAGUCUUUUCCAGGAGCUUGGAGUUCAGGAUGAAGUAUCGGCAAGGUUUGGAAUUUACAUCUUUAUAUUUAACCAUCCUCAACAACUUUAUGCAGCGACACACCUGUUUUUUUAAGUUUCAUUUUGUCUGCAUGCAGUGACUUUCCUUAGCGACGAGCAUGUUAAUAGUUAUUUUUUUAGUGCUUUACCAUCAUAAUUGGCUAGGAUCUUAGAACAAUCAAAAUCUAUUCGCCUUUUCUACCCAUUUGAAGAAACACUUUGCUUUUUAUGUAGUUUCCCUUGAACUUCGUUGUACUCAGUCCUCAUUUGCCUGAGCAAACUGUUUAGCUCAGGUAGUCAGUAUUUUACUAAUAGUAUUAUCUGCCUCUUGCAGCUUUUGCUGUCGAUUUUUGUGCCAUAUUUUGCCAUGCUCAGAGGCAAUGACAGCUAUUCAAGCACAGAACCUACAAGGAAAUGUUAUUCACACUUGGUUCAGAUGUUUAUUAAAGCUCCCUCCUUCUCACGAGGGAGUAGCUGAAUUCACGAGGUAUUUUCUCCUUUUCCUCCAAGCAUGGAUGUUCGCAGAUACUUUUUCACUCCUCUCAAAUUCACAUCAAUGCCAGGACUUAUGCCUGGUUUACAUAGGAUCUCGUGAGGGUCUGCAACAGUCUGGGACUCCCCUACAUCUCUCUAUUUAAAGACAUAGGCCUACGUGGAUUAUUUGACUAGAUUAUAUUCAAAGGUUUACAUUAAAAUGCCCAUCCCAGCCUUCAAUUACACUGUCAAUUACACUGUUACUUAUUACAUGAUUUAAACCCAUUUGGUAAAUAAGUGUUCUUGCUUUUCAUCUAUAAACUCAUUCUCAGGAAAAUAACCACUAUGUACCAUGCAACGAUAGGCAAAUUGAGCUUGAUGAUAAACUUAAUGACCUGUCCCAAGGGAAGCGGGUAUCUGUCAGUUCUCGGGAAUCUUAAUGUUUCCCGAGGCGGAGCCGAAAAUGCCCUUUGAUAUUUAUUGUUGAAAGUCGCGUGACCUUGGGUUGACCAAUGAGACUUUGUGCUGUUGUUGAAAAUGUGUCCAGCUAUAAUGUAAGGUGUGUUUCUUUACAGGGCCGUUGCCAAGUUACCUGAAAUGGAGGUGAUUUUGAGGAAUCAGGUAUUGGAAGAUCAGAUUGUUUUUAUGAUCACGAUAAGAUUCUGGGAAACUGCCCACCUACCCCUCCCCUAUGCCAACAUCCUGCCCUAAGUGAGAAGUCGGUGUUAACGAUGGGUUGCGCGACGGAUGGGGUGGGGUGGGGUGGUGUACAGUUUCCUACAAUGUGGGAAACAAGCCUUUUGGCCUUCAUAGGCGAAGUACCUGUUGUAGUUUGUCAGACAGUGAACACGGAAGCAACCUUUUCUACCAUUUCGACAUGGCUGUUGUGCAGAGAAAGUUGUUUUAAAUGCAUUUUCCGGUCAAUGAUAUGUUGGCCAUUGUCUUUUAGUCCCGUCAUUUUGAGGUGACAGUAGGUUGGUGAGUGCACCGAACAAAAUUCCAUUGCGUAGGUUUGGCGGUUAGCUAAGGUUUGAAUGUACGUAGCAAGAACCCAUAAACCUGAGCCUGCAACUUCCAUGUACUCACUGCGUUUUCACCGAUCGGUUAAUUUUUAGGAUUUUUGCGCGAAUUUAGAAUAUCUUGUAAGUCGAAUAAACCAGUCAGCAGAACCUACAGACUUGAAAAUGGUAUUUUUCACCUUUUAAUGACGUUUAGUUUUCCAUUUUCAUAUCUUAUCCUUCACACUCAUUGACGGAGCGAAGCCUUGAGUUCGCGGGAAACGGUGCUAUGAAAAUGUGUCUAAAAAUAAACCGGUCCGUGAAAACGCCGUGACAUAGGCCUAGCAUGGAGGUUGUUCUUUUCGGCUCAUGGGCUCCUGACAUAGAAUACGUUCAUUAUUACCGACCUCUUCUUUCGACUUUUAUAGAACGGAUUUGGGACAGGUGAGAGCAGUGAAACAUCCCUACAACUGUUUAUUGCUUCAAUUGGGCGUUACCAUUCCUCAUUGGUAAGUACAUGUACGAGUGCAUGUUGUAGUAACAGAGAUAUGGUUUACAAUAAAUUUGAUGGUAGCAGCAUAUUUUUGCACUUAUGUCGUUUUCUCUAACAGUUACCCUCAGGGUUCGUGCGCACCCUGAAAGCCCUUGACUUUUAGGAGUCUGACUCCAAGGCCUUGACAUUGGUUUUUGGUCCUUGAAAGUCCUUGAUUUUUUUAUCGAAGAAAAUCUAAAUUAUUAACGCUUUAAAAUGUGCUGAGUUUAAAUUAGAGAGUGUAAUUGCAGAAAGAAUAAAUGCUCGUGAAAUACGUAUAAAACCCGUUCAUUCGUUUCCUAUUACUCUCGCGCACAUGUACAUCAAGCUACAAGGGACCCGGCGCACUCUCAAGAAAAAGUCCUUGAAAUUUCAAAGAUUGGCCCUGGAAAGUCCUUCAAUGUUUGGCUUGAAAAGGUGUAUGAUCCCUGUACUAUAUUCAUGCUCAAAACUCCUGAUACUCACAACCAUUUGCCCAAGCGCGCAGGGGCCAGUUGCAUACAACCUAGCGUCAGACGUAAUCGCGCACGUGUUGCGUUCAUACAAGAGUUUGACUGGGUUGUUGAUCAGGCGUUAGCCUUUACGUCCGGCGUCAAGUAUUAUGCGAGCAGUUUCACCAAGAUGGGUCCCUCACACCAAAUUUUCCUUCAACAUUUUGUUUAGUUUUUAACGCUAAAUCUAGCCGUCACAAAGCAACUAUUUGAUUUUCACUUUUGUCGUAUUAGGAGUGAUUUUAACAUGGGUUAUCAUUUCCCUUUUUUUAUCAAAAUUCAGUGAUUUCUUUCCCGAUUAUCAAGCCAUCACUCCAUUUCAUGAAAAGCUCAUUUGACAUAUUUUUCAGACCACGUUUGACGAGUCAAUCCAGUUCCGAGAGAAGGUACAACGAUACCUGGGUGAUGUCAUGAAAUAUGUUGAUCACGUGCUUAAAAAUGCUGGGCCUCCCGACCUGCUACGGUACGUCGAAUUGGACCAUUGCUACAUGAGAAACAGCGAAACAGGAAAGCGCCACAUAGGUUUUUUUACUUUAAACCUCGAUGUACAUGCAAGACAGAAGGCAUACCCACACAGUGGCACAAAGGCGUGACUGGAGCCCCCGUUUUAGAUUUUUCAUUUUUUCCCCUAAAAAUGUAAAGUUUUUUUCUCAGAAAUACCCUUUACCACAGCUUUUUGCAUCAUUAUGUUUCUUUUCAACUACUGGUACGUAGGAGAUGGACUCCGAACGGUAGAUUAGUAGCACUGACAUUUCAUGGAAUGGUAUCCUGUAUUAAAAGCACUGAAAACUACAAAAGUGAGCACGAAACUGACUGAAUAUAUGUCUUUGAAUGUUCUUUUCUCUAAAUUUAUUGAUUUUCUCUCACGUUUUUUUCGAUUUAGGUUGGCUUAUCAUGUGGCAGGACUGCUGACCAAACACUGUUAUAGAAUUAUAUACAGCAAGGUAGGGGAUUUGCUUUAUGGGAAAACCAGAAAGGCUAUUUUUAAAAAAGACGAAUCCUAAAGAGAAUACGUCUUUGUUUCCUUAAUUUAUUCUACAAAACUUGGCCAGAUGUCAAAGAUAGUAAAACUUCGACUAAGUGAGCGUUAUUUUUUAUUAUUUAUUUCAAGCCUAUUUUUUGAAAAGGAAUCUACCGAAAUUUGCAGCCUUUUGAGUGAAAAGGGGGUUUUUUGCUCCUGAUAAGCUCAAAAAUCACACUAACGAAGAAAGAGCGAGGAGGAAGAAAGGAGGAAAAAAGAAAAAAGCAAUGGUUAUACUCUUAUCUUUUAUAUUUCCUACUUUGGAGGUAGGUUUUGGCCGGGAAAAAACUGCUUGACGAAAGACGUUUAUUUGGCCGUAGUCUACGUAACGUUUUUAAAAAUCCGUAAAUUUAUUUUUCCUUAUGUGUUAUCGUUAUUUUCCAGACGCAGCCCCGUUGUCUCUUCCCUCGCUUAGUAGAUCAAUUUGCUCUUCCAUUACCGAACAGCAAAAAGCCAGUAGCACCUCUUGUGAUGCAGUCCAUCAAGACUCACCUACAUCAGGUAUCUAGUCAAACUAACCACGACAGUUAAUUGCUCUGUCUUAGGUGUCCUAUAUAGAUAACUUGUUCUAAACGUAAGAGUCGUUUACUGCUCAGGGAAAUUAAGGCGUUUCAAAUGGUGCGACCAACCAAUGGCGUAACACAGAACAUUGAUAAAACACAGGUCAAUACCCAAGCCACCACUUAAUAGAUCGCUUUCACUCACGUGGUCAGCAGCUAUUCAACUUUCUUGGAAAAAAUAAAGUUUUUACAUGAGAAGACCGUUCAACUCCCACACCAAGGUGACCUCCGUUUCAUUGUUUUGUACACCAAUAUGGCCGCCGUGACGUCAUGUGAAAACAAUCUAUAGUUCCUGCAACAUAAAAAAACUAGCCUGCAAAGCAGGCGUAUUUUGCAGCGCGAUCCAUAAAUUUUUUCGGGGAUAUUGCUAUCCCGCCAUCUUGCACGUUAAAGCUGCCAGAUAUAGACAGUCAAAAAGUGUUAUGUCUGACGUUAGGUUUCCCGUAACUGGACUCAGUUCACUACAAACUAUAACUCUGUAAUUUGUUUGAAUUUAGUUUCUACAGGGUCUCGCUUGCUUAGACUUCAAGCGAGACGAGUUUAUUAGAAGAAAAAUCAAGCAAAUGUUUACCACGUACUUUCGUCUUUUUAACCAGGUAAACAUGUUUUAAUAGCUUUCCCUGACUGAUAGCGCUAUAUGUUGCUGUUUAUUGCAUGGACUACCUUUUGUGUGUAAAGUCAUAUAAAGUUUAGCUAAGUAAUUGAAUUAGUUUUGUAAAAAUUUUGGGAUGACUAAAAAUCAUACCCUUCUUUCUCAACCAAUAAGGAGCUACAACCGAAACCACGAGAGGCUUGCCUGCUCUUGCUUUUCCCGCGCUUGGAGUUGGCGGCAUGUGUUUGUUUUCAGUUCUGAUUGGCUAAAAUGUAUAGUUUUCUCCAAUUGUUGCAAUUAACCUUUCCCGCACUCCGCUCCAGUAGGAAGCGGCAGCGAACAGAGUGACCGAGUGGAGGAGAGAGCAUGGGGCAAAUCCACGUUUGAAAGGCGGGAAAAUGAAUUUAAAUUUGCAAUGAAACGAAGUCGGGGCCUGGGUGGACAGGUUCACACAGAUCUUCGUAUGUUGACACCAUAAGCUUAGAGCUAGCGCCUUUGUUGGGGGUACGAGUAAAAAUCUAUUUAUAAUAUUGUUUUAAAUUCUCCCAAGCGUAGGUGAAUAGAAUAAAGUCACCAUGAGUUUCCUUUUCCUAGAUGCUGCAAACAGCUUCCCAGUCGUCCAAUAUUACAACAAAGAAUCCAUUUAUGGUAUGAAGCAUAAUAUUUAGAUAUAAUUUCAAGCGUCCUCGACCUACAAAUUAAGGACUGAAAUCCUAAAUGAGACUCUGAAAACACAGAGAAGACAGGAUUUAUUCUCUGUUAAUCGCCACUGGUGAAUAAUUCUGCGAUCAUUGCUUUAUGUGGCUUUUUACAACUUUACUACAGUCGAGCUUGCACAUAAUAGUGACUAAUACAAAUACACUAUUUCUUAAUUUAUUAAUUUUUCUUUUUCCUGUCUGCAAGGUUGUAUUGAAAGGUUCUUGUUUAGCCAGUCCAACUCCUGAGAGCAGGUUUGUCCGUGGAGCUAAAUAUUCAAACCAGUUAGAUAACUAGAAUUCCCUCUGUCUGCUAUAGUCCUCUUUUCUCCUUUCUGCUCUCCAAAGUUAGGUUUCCCAUACUAUAUUUCGAAAAAAUAAUGAAACGCGAACGAAAGAAACACGUUAUUUAUUGAUAUCUUUAUUUAGUUUCAUGCGAAAAUGGAAAGAUUACUUCUUUUAUGUUAAUGCGUAACAAAAUAAUUUUGAAUUUUUUUUUUCGGGAAAAUAUAUUUAAAAGGCGUUGUUGAAAAAAGAAAGAGAUGUGCAAAGUUUUGACACCCGCUUAGUACGCCAUCGCAUUGCUUUUAGUUUAAGCUGUUGAGAUCCUUCUCUAUUUUACUUUCCGUAGUGACUUUCGUCAGUUCGCUAUAGAGAUCGUUCGCGAGUCUUUCCUUCACCUACCUCAGCCGCCUGCAAACCUCACGUCGGUAAGUCUUCUUAACUUCCUAUUCAAUAAAUAGACAGCAAUUUUUCAUGGUCUACCGUGGACACUCUCGUAGACCAUAUCUCUCGACCAAUUAGCGCGGGAGAAGUCACCCAGUUAUUGUAAAACAUAGUUUUUAAUGGAAGUUGAAAUGGAAACUAUCUCAUUGUCUCGAGCAGUCACUCUAGAGGUGAUGUUAUAUGAGACGACUCGCAACAACGAUUGUUAGCGCAACACAGCGUUGCAACAUUGUUGCGACAUUGUUUUUAGUAGUUACAACAUUGUUCCAACAUUGCAACGCUUUGUUGCGCUAAAAAUCGUCGCUGCGAAUCGUCCCCUGUAACAUCACCUUAAGACUCGUAACUGCUAAGUGCCCGUCUUAGAUGCCGUGUUUACACGAUCGGAAAAACCCCACGCUCGAAGAAACGCUGCGCCCAAUCAGAAGAAUGUAGCGUUUAUUCGAGGAUUAUAGCAAAAAGAGAAUAACAAGUAGGGUACAACUGAUAGUUUACCACAAGCCAGACCGUUACGAAUCUCUCUCAGCUACAAAGUUAGCAUAGGACUUUGAAAUACAAUGUAAACGCUGCUCCAGAAAUGCCAUUGCGCAGAAUGUAAAAAAUUCACAACGCCGCGGCCUCUAAUCAAGUAAGAGUGUUCGAAGGGCGAGAAAUAUUACUGAAAAUUGAGAAAAAUAAAAGAUGAGCGGAAUGCGCUGAUCAAAAAUAUGUAAACAACUUAAUGUUUGGCGCGACAAACUUUAAAUGUUUGGCAGCAAAACACGUCAUGUCUGGCAACCUAUGAGAACAUUUUUUUUUUGUCUCGUGUCUACGCUUAGAUGCAACCGACGGUAUUUACCGGUAGUUCAUUUGCAGUAGCUAAUCGUUUUACUCAAGGGUGGGAGAUUCAACGAAUUAUUUGCUGCUUUCCAUUUGCAGACACUUUACUUCUUGGAACAACUGUUCAAGAAGACACUUUCUUCUUCCGAAACAGCAAGGUGAGAACAGCGAAACCUUGACCUUACACACCGAGACGCUUAAUUACAGUAAGCGUGAACUCAAGCUCGCCAUGUUAAAUGCUAGGGAUUCGCAAAAAAACAACAAAUUAAAAGAGAUGUGCUUUUUGUGUAACUUAACACUUUGAUACUGCUAUUAGCCUGUAAACCCGCGGAAUGGCGGAUGGGGGAAGAUACAAUAUCUCGAGUACCCUUUCACUCCUCCACUAGCAGCGACGUGGUUUCCAUGACAACAAACAUCCGGGGAAUUUUUUGCACAUCGAUCAAUCGUUGGAGUCGAUAAGGUCGACUGAUAAAUCGCGGAAUGGCUCUGAAAUAUCCAUUCGUAAUGCAAAGAUAUGAGCAAGCUGAGACAGAGGAUGCCGAGUUCCUUCCGUCUUCUCUACUCUCACUUCAUUCACAGAAAAGCCUCAGUUGGGGCUAUUCAACGUUGUAGGAAAAAGAUGUUUUUCUUUUCCCAGACUAAGCAAUGUGAGCUGAGAAACUGGAUAGAGGAAAACCGGCGAAUGAAGGUUUUAAUACGCUUUGCUUUUGCGCUGCUUUCUUGCCAAGAUCAUUAACCGGCGAAAGUUCAUUAAAUAAAUUAUGCAAAACAAUUAACAAACUAGGGCCUUCUUUUGCAGGAACACCCCCGUACUGCUUACGGCCAUAACUGGCUGCCUGCUGGCGUGUAACCAGUUUACUCCGGGAAAUGAACCACCCGAAAUAAGAAGACAAGGUACAUAUUUUACAAAGAAUGCUUUUAUUGUUGUAGCUCUGUCCUGUCCUUUCUUUCUGCUAGCGCCUCUGUUUGUUUCCUCCAGAAAAGGAAUGAUAUUUUCUCCAGGCGAAAACUCGAACUGUUAGAGUUAUCUUAAAGAUCCAAUCUAUUUCAUUGAAGCUUCAAUAUUCUGAAUGGAAACCGUCAUCUUUAAAAAGUACUAGUUCAAUAGCCCUUAUGUGUGUUUACGCGAGGCAAGUAAAUUUCACCACUAUGCCUCGUUUUGAAGUUGUAAAGUUGCGGGGUUUUACAGAAAUGAAUUCCCAAGGCAGUAGAGUUGAAAAGAAUACCCGUGCACACGGAACGUAGAAGAGUUUUGCUGAGCAAACGUACCCUGGGUGCCAGAGACUUUUCUAGCGCGGUUUCCGGUUUCUGUCAGUCUUUAUAUUGAUCCGCGCGUUUUUUCUCUCGGCUUCGACCUUCGGCCUUCGGCCGACACCGAAAAUUCCCGCCGCAGGCCAGAAAAACCUCUGGUACCCAGGGUGGUACAAACGAGGCUUGGUGGUGAAAUUUGUUCGUCUGACGUAAUCAUGCCUAGGGCCAUUUGGACUGAUUAUAUGCCCCUUUAUGUGAUCAUAAUGCUUAGUUUUAUAAUUUUUCGCUUCAGCGAGUGAAAUCCUCCGCAUGAUGCUUAAAGCCUGCCGAACGGCACCAGAAAUAAACUCAAGGUAUAAGAGAACAAGCUCAAGUUGUCCAAAAGGUUGAUAACGCUAUCCACUGGAUAAAUCUCUUUCCGAGGGAUAACUCAAUUGGUUUCCUUAAUACUUACACACUGGAUAGGGAUAGCGCUAUCCAACGUUUCAAUAACCGGAGCCAGACCUCUGACUUUCAAGUUAUGUUUUCAUCAGUUUUUGGUGGUCGAAGUGGAAAUCUAACCUCGUUUCAGAGUUAACCCUGGGAAUGAGAUUGGUGGAGAUAUGGGAGAGCGAGAGAUUAUGGCCUCGGCUCCCUCUGAUAUUUUCCCUCCCGGCCAGCCGAGUACGCUCGCAACACUGAACAAUGUAAAUUUGUAGCAUCUCCUGAAAAAAAAGGAGAGGUAAUGGUCCUUGAAGUGAAAAAAAAAAAAACGUUUUCGAGUUCUCUCGUCUUCACUACAACCUGACCAUCUAAUCCCAUGGUAACUCAAAUCUUUCUUUGUCAAAAAUGUCCCGUCAUCCUUCCUAUCCACAUUGCCAAUGAAAUCUGAAACUUACCAUUGAAAACUUGCGUGUGUGAAUAAUCUUUUUUUUUUGUUCGUUAGAGAUAUUCUCCUUCCUCACUUGAGAGAUUUCUUGUACAGCAACAUUACACGAGCCCAGGUAGGAGGCGUUCGGCUUGUACCCUCUUGUUCCAUCUGUUGAAUUUCUCAAAUGUUGGCCAAUUUCCCUGGGGGUUUGAAUUCUGGGGGGCAAUAUCUAAAGAAAAAAUGAAAUUUUUUUCUUGUGGUCACGUCCUGCAUAAUAAAACGUGAUUUUUUUAGGCACUUUCAGGUCAUAGUCGUUCAAUGGCUGCAAAGAAAUGCGCAAAAAGGUGUUGUUCGUGCAAACAUGUUGUUUUGCUGAUCUAAACUUAAUUUUGCCGUUUUUGUUGCCGUUGCCAUCGUCGUCGAGACUAGUGGCCAGCCAAAGAAAAACUCGAGAAAGAGGAAAUAAUGCGGACUUUUCAAGUGAUAGUUGAUUGUACUAUGUUUUCUUUGCUCUUUCCAGGGUUUGGUGUUCAAAACCUUUGAAACACUAGCCACAUUCGAUCCAGACCUCAUGGCAGGGUUAAUUCAAGCAGGAAAACAAGCCUUGAUUCAGCUCGAACAAAAAAGGGGUGUGGGAGCAGAUAUGCAGUUGAGGUCAGUUUUUCGAAUAAAAUCUGUCGUGUUUGUUAGACUCCGGUAUUUACGGGCUCGUGCCAUCGCAAAUAGGAGUCGUAAACUAUGUUUGCUGUGGGAGAUUCUUCGUCCGUCGCGUUGUUUUUUGGACAAAACGUGUUUUUUGCUCACUUGUCCUGGACAGAGUUAUGUCACUUUAACUUUUCUAACUAGCAAAUCAAUCUCAAAAUCAAUCAAUGACGUCAGUUGUUUGUCUUUUGGUGAAGUGCAGUGUAAAAAUCACCAGUUCAUGCAUUUUCGGGCAUUCAUCUUCUCACCUCAUGAGAAACGUGGGGCAUGUAUUUUGUUUCCAUAGUGCUACGCCUCAUUUUACCGUUUUGUAAUUGUAAUUUGUUUAAACACGGAGCACUUAGUAUACGUUUCAGAUCGAAUUGGAAUUUCGAAGAGUUGGUUUUUAUGGAGAGGGAAAAGCGGAGUACCCGGAGAAAAACCUCUGGGAGUAAGGGAGAGAACCAACAACAAACUCUACCCACAUAUGGCGUUGACGCCGGGAUUUGAACCCAGGCCACAUUGGUGGGAGGCGAGUGCUUUCACCACUCUGCCACCCUUGCUCCCCCAGUAAGUCCCACUAUCCAAAUACUAAUUCUCCAGACUGAUCUCCAUACAUUUCCUUUGAGAAUAUUUGAGAAAAUUUGAUAAAAGAUCAAAAUAUUUUCCCUUUGAUGGUCAUUUUUAAUUAUUAGUUCUCGUAACCUUUUCUCUUGGCAAUGUAUUGAAAUUGUUUGAAAAAAAUGGAUGUUGGUGACUCAUGGGACUUGACGAGUUAAGACGAAAUUGUCCUCUCAUAGUACUGAGACCAUUUUUUGAUCGUCCGUUUUAGGUCAUCAUUCAAGUCAUUCCUGAGUAAACUUGGACAUAGUGGCGAAGUGGCCAUUAAGGCAGUGGAGGAGAAAGACACUGCAAUGCAAUAUUGACUGAUGCAUCUGCGUGUGUAUUUACCCGCUAAGCCAGACAGGCUAGGGAUAGUUUCAAAUUCAUUUGUGUCAAUGAUUCGACGCGUAGUGCCUUUCAGGUCGCCCUACACGAGCUGAGUUUUCUCUUCCUAGCGACCUUCAAUGUAUCGCAGGGACAAAUUGCCGGUAAAGUACCCCGUGACUUUCCUAGGAGUGUCCAGAGAAGGCCAGUAUUCCCGCGUGUCAUCAUCGCGACUGUUACCUUACACAUAAUUCCAAUACUAUACUAUAUGAACAAUUCAGUAAAGGAACUUUGCUUAGGUUAGGGUAUGUUAUAUUUAAAAAUGUUAUUGCUGCCGCAGUUAGCGAACCUGAAGCGAACGAACGAGGCAGCUCUCUAAUCGGCAAAAAAUUACAUUGUAGGGGCAUUCAAUCACUUUUUUCUCACCGGUGCAGCGCUCUGCCAAUUAAGCUAACAAGCCAACUAGGAGCAGGUCGUUGAAUUGGUUCGUUAUAAACCCGUGAAAGGAUGAUGAUGAAGUUAUGAAUAUAUACCA